AUGGGGGCAAUGUCAUAUAACCUGACCCAAUCCAUCAGCAACGCCAUAUUGGCAUCUAGCCACAACCCUAGCGGCCUCCGCCCCAAGGCCCAAGAUAACAAGCCUGCAUCCCACAGUGGUCGCAAGGCUACAGAAAAGACCCGCCAUGUGGGCAAGCAAACCUCCAAAACGAUUAUGACGGACAGGUUGUGCCCUGUCACUAGUGAGGACGUGGGGCUCAAAUGCAAACGAGCUACCCGCCGGGCAAAAACGGUGAGGGCAUGGAAAUGGGCAAAAGCACUAACAGAUGUAUCCGACUCUGAUUCGGACCCUGAGGAGGUAUUGAGUGAGUCCGAAGAAAUCGGCUCUAUUGACUUGGAGAACUCUUCUCCAGAUCGCAGCCUGGCAGUAAAACCAGCCAACACUGAUAAGGUGGCCGCUGACGAUUCCACCAUUCUAGACCUGCAGGGUGAACCCCUAUUUAACCCGGACGACCUACAACAUCCUAGGUCUACCGAAUGGUUCCCGGCUGACCAUGUGGCCCAAUACAUAGCGGCCAGGAUUAGAAAACCCCUGGAUAAAACCACCAGGAAUGCCCACACCUGACGGUCCCCGAUAUGGCUUGUGCCACACUGGAGGUAGACCCAAAAAUUGCCCAGUUCCUGGAAAAAGCUGACUGGAAAGCCAAGAAAGGGCUAGAUUACUCCCUGCGCCACUGCCAGGACAAGGUGCUUGACUCCUUGGGCCCCAGCGCAAAAAUUUUCGACAUGGUCGAAGCUGCAUUCUCCGAUGGCACACCAGUGGACCUCUUGGCUAUCUGAGAGUGGGCUCAGCGCUCUAUUUGCCUCAUCGGCAACUCCAGCACUGCGUUAAGUACAGAGAGGCGUAAAGCGAUCCUCAUGAAUAUUGACCCAAAACUAGUCAAUAUGGCCAUAUCUGAGCCUGGGCCACAGGCAAAAGGCCUCCUUUUCGGAGACAGUUUCGUAAAGGAGUUGGGCACUUAUAUGAGCACAUUUACAGCUCUGGACAAGGUGCAAACAAAUUUAAAGAGAGUGUUCUCUCCAAAGGUUUUUGGGGGGGCUGGCAGACACCGGGGCCGUCUGUCCAGCCGUCCAUCACGAGGCUCCUAUCGGUGCUACCGAGGCCCCACUACAUCGAGGUUCCCACAGACGGAGCCCAGAAACCCCUCACCCUUCUUUCCAGUCAGGUGGGUACUGAGGGCUGAUGUGGGCACUGGGGUGGGUACUGGAGGCUGAGGUGGGUACUGGGGGCUGAUAUGGGCACUGAGGUGGGUACAGGGGCCUGAGGUGGGUACUGGGGGCUGAUGUGGGCACUGAGGUGGGUACAGGGGCCUGAGGUGGGUACUGGGGGCUGAUGUGGGCACUGGGGUGGGUACUGGGGGCUGAGGUGGGCACUGAGGUGGGUACAGGGGAGCAGAGGUGGGUGCAGGGAGACAGGGGGUGCUGAGCUGAAUAAAAAUUAGCUUACCUGAGCUGUCUGCCAGGCUGCUGCAGCUCCUUAUCCUCGGGUGCUCUUCAGGCAGGGCAGGAAGUGAUGUCACUUCCUGGCCCCGCCUCUUCCUCCUCACACAGCACCGCACGGCUGGAGACCUGGCAGCAAGAACUGAAUACUCACUGCCAGGUCUCCCUGAGAGAGGGGAAACAGGUGAGGGAGGGAGCGGGUGAGGGGGUAAACCACAGAGUGAUAUGCUGCAGGGGCCCUGCAGCAUAUCACUGGAAUAACGGGGAAAUCAUGUUGUUCUGGCUCAAGAGAUCUCUGAUCUCUGAUCUCCUCAGCCAGAUCAUGGCUGUGCUGCCGGGCCCCUGACUGCCUCGGGCCCUCGGUCCAUGACCGAUCUGCCCGACCUGUCAGUCCGCCCUUGUUUGAGCCUAUCUGUAUGUGGCUCUUAACCAUGUGAGUGUGGUCCCUAUUAUCUUCACAUUUAUGCUACUAUUGGACCUUGAUAUACUUCACUAUUGUGUAUAUCUUUUUAUUAUAUAGGGAUUAUAUUACUGCAUAUUUCCCCAUUGUACAUAGGGGUAAGUUUGCUUUUCUCAGCGCUCUACUAAGAGACACCUGUAGUGGUUUGGUCCACCUGGGCUGUUUUCUGUUUUUUUGUAUUAGACCUACAAGACGCCUAUCUCACCAUCCCCAUCGCGAAGGAGUGUCAUCACCUCCUCCAAUUGUUCAAUGGAACACAAGGACGUGGAGGUUCUAGUGCCUGCCAUUUGGCCUAUCAUCAGCACCAUGGUGCUUUACAAAACUGCUGAAUCUGGUGGUGGCACUUCUGCGCAGCAGAGGAGUUCGCAUGAUCAUAUAUUUGGACGAUAUGUUGAUCAUGGCACAGGAUGCCCUCUUACUUCAACAACACCUAUCUUGGGCGAUAUCUCUCCUACACAACCUGGGAUUCCUAAUCAACUGGGAGAAGUCGGUGCUAACCCUCCAUAGAAUUCGUAGGAUUCAAUAUAGAGGCAGUCCAAGGGACCCUAAGCUUACCGCUCAAAAAGAUCAAACCAUCAAGAAGGAGAUUCGCAGAACGUUGGCUCGCCCAACGCUCACCUUGAGACAACUGGCCAGGAUAAUUGGACUCCUCUCGGCCUCCAUACAAGUGAUCUUCCCGGGACCUCUGCAUUACAGGGCCCUACAGAGACUAAAAGCCGCUCAGCUACACUCAGGUCACUCCUACUCAGACUCCGUUCCACUCGAUCAUAGAGCCAAGGAAGAACUCAGUUGGUGGCUGCACCACAUGGAAGCGUGGAACGGCAGAGCAAUCAUCGACACCACUCCAGAUUGCAUAAUAGAAUCCAAUGCCAGCGGUGGUCAUGUGGUCAUACCUCCACAGGCGGAAGAUGGUCCCAAUCGGAAAGGGAACUACACAUCAACAGCCUGGAACUCAUGGCAGGAUCAUUCGCUCUGAAAAGCCUCUUAGGACCCACGACACAUUGCUCCAUCAUCUUGAGGAUGGACAACAUAUCUGCGGUACGAUACAUCAACCGCCUCGGCAGCACCAGGUCCAAAAUAUUGGCAGAUUUAGCAACAGAAUUCUGGCAAUUUUGCUUGGAGCGCAACAUAUCAGUAUGAGUCGAAUACAUCCCGGGGCUCUCGAAUACCGUAGCGGAUUGGAACUCCAGACACCUGCGGGAUGCCAGCGACUGGCGCCUGGACCGCGGAGUGUUCCUACGGCUACAAACGCUUUGGGGCCCGACAUACAUAGACCUGUUUGCGUCUCGAUUGAAUAUGCAACUCCCAGAGUUCUUCAGCUGGAGACCAGAUCUGGAGGCUUUAGCUACGGACGCAUUUCUACAACCAUGGCUGAACAGACGACUGUACGCAUUCCCUUCAUUCAUGGAGAUGUCUAUAGACCUUCCCAUACUGCUUCCUGAGAAUCCACAUCUCCUUUCAGACCCCGAAGGGAACCCACAUCCACUGAUGAUGCAGGGCCAACUCAAGUUGUUAGCAUGGCUCCCUUCCGGGGACCCUGGGUCAUGCCAGACGUUCCACAAUCAACUCUCGAACUACUGGCGGGAGCCUGGGCUCCAGGAACAAGGAGAUCCUACAGUCGGGCUUGGAACUCAUGGAGUGGUUGGUGCAUGGAACAACAAGUGGAUCCCGUAUGUGCCCCUGUGAACUACUUGUUACGUUUUCUUACACUUCUAUACGACCAAGGUCUAGCGUACCGGACUAUUAAUGUCUACAGAUCAGCGAUCUCCGCUGGACACAAGGGUCUAGAAGGAUCCCCAGCAGGUAAACACCUCCUGGUAUGCAGUUUCUUAUGUGGCGUUAGAUUUGCAAGACCCCCACAACCUCGAUAUACAUCAGUAUGGGACAUGAACCUAGUCUUAACCUUUUAGAAAAAUGGUCACAGAACUCAAAUCUCACACUUUAACAACUAUCAGCAAAAUUGGCCAUGCUCUUCUGCCUGAUAUCAUGCAAAAGAGUUUCAGAUGUCUGAGCAUUGGAUGUUGAUGCACGCUCAUUUACCCCAACGGGAGUGACAUUCAACAUUUACAGACGUACUAAAUCAACAAUCUCAUCAGUGUCAUACCCAUCAUUCUCUCACAAUGCAAACCUAUGUCCAGUGGCCUGUCUCAAAGAAUACAAGAAAUGGACACUGGCAUUUCGAAACCCUAGACAUCAUGAAUUGUUUCUGGCUAUUAACACGCCACACCAACCAGUAUCUAUGGUAACAAUAGCCCGAUGGGUGAUAUGGAUAAUGACCUCUGCGAAUAUAGAUACCUCCAUAUAGGGGGCACACUCCACUAGAGGAGCCAUGGCGUCUAAGGCAUUUGCUUUGGGAUGCAGAUUAGAAGAUCUUUUGGGAACGGCAGACUGGUCCCGCUAAUCCACCUUCAAGGAAUAUUAUUUUCAUCCUACAGACCAUGCAUCAUCGACAGUUAUUGCACAGCUUUAAACUAGCAUAAUAUGAGCCUCCGUGUCCUUUAAUAAAAUUACCAGAUUUUACUAAUUACAUGACGUAAAGUCAUGAUUUUAUAAAGGACACGGAGGCGAAUAUUAGCCCACCUGGUAAGUAUCUCAUUUUCUACCAGCUAAAAGAAAAGAAUUUAAUUCCCACCCCGGUAAGUCUUAGAAUUGAGAGUCAUCGUUGGGUUUUGUCUAGAUUCAAUUCGGUUAGGUAUGACGUUAAUAUAUUGCAUACAGUAGCAACUACGGCAUGUAAUUUAGUCUGUAGACAAUAACACGUAUAGUACGAAUUAUCCAGUAUCACCAUGACAAAUAGUCUCUAGACCACAUUUUACCAUUUCCUUUCUCUAUCCCAAGCUGGAAUCAGUUGUAUCCCCAUCAUUGAAAUGUGUUUUGGAUUACUAUUAUGAACCGCUUGAUCUAUUUAAAGACCUGAGCAGAACACUUAAAAUGAGGUUCAGAGAACAGAGAUGUGCAAUAUUACACAAUGAUAAAAAAUUCCCAGUAGCGAGACAUUUUCAAUUGGUUCAUAAUAGUAAUCCAAAACACAUUUCAUUGAUGGGGAUACAACUGAUUCCAGCUUGGGAAAGAGAAAGGAAAUGGUAAAAUGUGGUCUAGAGACUAUUUGUCAUGGUGAUACUGGAUAAUUCGUACUAUACGUGUUAUUGUCUACAGACUAAAUUACAUGCCGUAGUUGCUACUGUAUGCAAUAUAUUAACGUCAUACCUAACCGAAUUGAAUCUAGACAAAACCCAACGAUGACUCUCAAUUCUAAGACUUACCGGGGUGGGAAUUAAAUUAUUUUCUCCUAUAUUUUAAAUAGGAGAAAAGCCCUCAUCACGGCAGAAACAAAUUGGAUCUUUAAAUUAAAUACCCUUAACCCAUAUGGGCUGAAUGAAGAUUUGGAACAGAUUACUUAGUAACCCUUUUCUCUUUAUGUAUUAUUUGUUAUUCAUUAUUUAUUAUUUUUUAUUUUAUUCCAAAUGGUGCUUUAUACGUUUUCAGAAACCCUUUGUUGGUCCCUAAUAGAUAUGGAUAGGGGUGGCUCUUAUCAGAUUACUAGUCCAGUCAUCAUCUCUAUCUACAUAUGCAUGUAUGCACAUCUGUAGUAUAUGGACACCCUUAACCAAUAAUAAUUAAUAUAAUUAUACUAAUGGAGACUGGGAUUGGAAUUUCAUUGUUCCUUCAUACUAUAUACUGACCAUUUCCUGAAAAUUCCCUACUCUUUGGGUGAUUUGAUAAGUUAGUAAGAAUCCAAUUACAUUUCAUAUCUAGUGUGUUUUAACAGGAUUUGUAUUACCCUUUUUUGGGGUUAAAUAGGGGUUCUGGGUCUAAUUAUAUUAUAUUAUUUGGGCUCUAAUUUUAAUGAUCUAAUCAGUGAUCUAUUUCAUUUGGUUUUAAUUUUUUUUUUUUAUUUAUAGGGCUAAUUGAAGAAUUAUCAGUUCAAGUGUUUAUUACUAUCAUCAUUAAGUGAUGUGUAUUUAUAUAAUUGUAUGUUGUCACUUUAAGAACAGAUUUUUCAUUUAAGAUGAGGUCAUGGGUUAAUCCUAUGGUCAUGCCUGAGUAUCGGUAUAUAUACCGAUUAGAAACUUGAAGGAUUAUAGUCUUGAUAAAGUCUUCUAUCAAGAUGAAACGCGUAGACUUCUUCAUUCAUCACUCUCAAGGUUCCAGCACUUAUUAUUGUGACCUUGAAAAUGGCACCGUCACUGACUCUUUGCCGAAAACCUACAAUAUUUUUUUCAACAUCGGGCGGGUGGAUCUGCGUGCUCCCCUACCCGGCUUUUGGCGCGGCGAACAGGGUAAGUCCCUCUGGGUUACUCCCAGAGCUUUUUCAGGCUUGGGAACAUACUCCGUAUACCCCUAGCUCUGCUGUAUUAGCCGGGAGGGUUUUAGAGCUCCAUAUCCCCCCCCCCCUUCCCCCUCUUGAUGAUUGCAUACAUUCACUUUUAUUUUUUAUAGAAUUUCGUCUCAUUCAGGGAUAUUGUAUUUUUAUUUUUAUUAUUUACUUGCCAUUGCUCCAGUGAAGCGGCCCCUCACUGGAGCCACAUGGACAUUUUCCCUGGAACCUGUAUAUCUUACAUAUUAUUUAUUGUUGUUGUAUUUUUACAAAUUCAAAGUCCAUUAAAAUUGUAUGUCACAUAUUAUUUUUACCUACAGCUGAGCUGGGUGUUGUGUUUUAUUGAUUUCCUAGUUGCAUGUUUCAAUGUUAUUCUGUAACUACCUAGGAGUUACACUGUAUAUUCUGGUUAUACAGUUCAGUUGAUUCAGCUGCUUUUUAUGUGCAGACAUAUAAUCAGAGAAUAAUAGACACGGUUGAUAUAUAUUUAUGUUAUUCUUUAACUUAAAAGUGAUGUAUUUCUGUAGUUGAGAUUAUUAGAUCUCUUUAUGCUGUAACUAAUCCUGAGUUUUUUGGAGCACUCACACACGCAUGUUUUUCUUUUGUUUCAGAAACGUAACAAUGAACAGGCUAAGUAGGCAUGUCCAACUGAUGGUCAUAAGGAGCCUGAGACCCAAGCUGGUUACAUUUAAGAUGCAUCGUAAGUGUGGUUCAGGAGCAAACAAAUCUAGUUGCGCCAGCGAAUAUUAAGCAACUAUAUGGGCCCUAAAACUUGCUAGCAUAACAUUUUAUCACGAUGAGUGAAAUGCUUGUCGAUUAAUGAUUUAAAGAAAAAAAAAAUAAUGCUAGAAAACAUGCCUGGCUAACAAGAGUUAAGAAAACAGGCUGGGUAUCCAAGAGAACAUAUUGCAGAUUUAAAAAAAAAAAAAAGACAAAUGUAGUAGAGGAACACAUUGCGAAUAGCGAAUUGGAUAACACGUUUUGGCAUUGAAUAAACAGGCUGUGUGCCUAACAUUAAAGGGACACUCCAGUGCCAGGAAAACAAAUCAUUUUCCUGGCACUGCAGGUACCCUCUGCCUCCCACCCCCCAUCCCAUGUUGCUGAAUGUCCCUCGGCGGUGGUUUCGGGUCCGCCCACGCUCCUCCCCCGCCAACAUCAUCCGACGGGGGAGACUGAUCGCGCAUGUUUUUGUUCAGCGAAGUCUCCAGAGUAUAACAGUAUCCUCCAUGUACAGGUGUUAUAGUGUUUUUGAAAGUUACAAGGUCAAAUAUAAGGCUUGAUUUUUCAGUUUUUUCAAUUUGCCAGAUUGGUUAUGUUGCCUUUGAGAGCGUAUGGUAGCCCAGGAAAGAAAAUUACCCCCAUGAUGGCAUACCACUUGCAAAUGAAGACAACCCAAGGUAUAGCAAAUAGAGUAUGUUCAGUCUUUUGUAGUAGCCACUUAGUCACACACACUGACCAAAGUUAGCGUUCUUAAAUAGUUUUUUGCAUUAUUAACACACAAACAAAUAUAAAUUCUACCUUUGGCCAGUGUUUGUGACUAAGUGGCUACUAAAAAUAGACUGGACAUACCCGAUAUCAAAUACCCUGGGUUGUCUACGUUUCAAAAAUAUAUGGUUUGAUGGGGUAAAUCACAGUGGCCAGCUUAAAAAAAUGUUCCAAAUAGGACAUGGGUGCAUGAUGACCUGCUGUGGAAAACUAAAAUGAGCACCCUUCAAAUAAGGUCUUUUAGGCCCCAGAGAACCCGAGACACCUAUACAUGGGUAUCACUGUACUCAGGAGAUGAACACACACUGUGGUGUUCUUUGGCAGUAACCCUUAAAGUACUCAGUGCAUGUAUUCUUAAAUUGCUAUGUGUGUCAAAAAAAAUCACCAAUUAUAAUUUUUUUUUUUUUAUAAAUACCCAAAGUUUAAUACCUUAGGUUGUCUUCUUUUAAAAAAUAUAUACACGUGAAAGUGCUACUUGUACUUAUUGCCCUAUAACUUGAAAAUAAAAAGCUAAGAACAUGUUGACAUUGGGUAUUUCUAAACCCAGGACAAAAUUUAGAAACUAUUUAGCCUCCGUCCAGCUCCAAGUCUUCCACUGUACUGCCGCAACCAUCGCGACACUGACCAACACACACAGACAGACACACAGAGUAACAGACACAAACUCUCUGACAGACACACACACUCUCACUGACACACACACACACACACACACACACAUUCUUGCACACACUCACAAAUCAUUUUAUUUAUUAUUCCCUACCUUUACGAGCUGAUGUGUAGCCUCUCCCUAGUUAUAGUAAAAGCUUUAAAAUAUGAGCCUGCUGCCUUUAAUAAAAUUCAGGCCAAGUAAUCUAAAUUAUAACCACAGGUGCAGCGGCGUACAUACAGCCAGGGGACCCGGCCGCCCUGCAGACCCCUGUAACCGGUUAUCCGCCGCCAUCAUCUUCUGCGGCCCAGCCCGUGCGGCAAACUGCCGAGGCCGCUGUCCAUCUGGUGGCCCAUGCUGUCAGGGCCACCUGAUAGACAUGGAUUGCUAGGGGGCCCCGUCAGCGCUGGGCGCUUUAACAGCGCGACCGGGCCCCCUCUGAUAACAUCACAAGAUGGGAGGAAGUGACCGCACGUCACUCCUCCCAGCUAACACUGAGAGCCGCGUGGGAUGAAGCAGAGGGAGUCAGAGUGGGAACUCUGACUCCCAUCCACCUGAGCCACCACUGGACCCCAUGGAAUGUCACCAUCCUGCACCUUAAAGGUAGGAAACAGGAGGGUGACUUAAACAUUUUGUGUGUUUGUAUGUAUGUGUGUCUGUCUGUAUGUAUGUGUGUGCCUGUCUGUAUGUAUGUGUGUGUGCUUGUCUGUUUGUAUGUCCUCUCUAUUGCUGUGUUCUUGGGGGCUGAUUGUUGCCGUUUUUAAAGGCAGUCAGAAUGCAAUGCAUAAUGUGUCAAAGGCCUUGAGCAAGGCCCCUCUCUGCUGACUCUUCAGCUGCUGUCCCAGAGGCUGUACUGACUAUUGAGUAGUAGGUAAGGUACGUAGCACUUUUGUAGUGGAUCCAAUUAUAUAGACUCCUGAGUAGUUUGAGUCCAUCCAGUGAGAACCGGGAUAACCUCCGCCGGUCGAGAGGAGGCAAAACGGGGCUAGGCCUCACAGGUCUAGCUCUUAUUUCCUGCGGCUGUGACCCCCAAUUUACACUAGGAUCCGCCCAUUUGAGCCUCUUAGUGUGGGGGAGAAGAUGAUAAUUUGCUUUGUUUGCAAGAUUGGCCAAAACAAGAUGAUUUAACCUCCAAUAUCAAGAAUUAAUCAAAGAGCGCUCUCAGUGCACGCCAGAUCUGCAUGGCGUAAUGGUCCCAUCUCCGACAAUCAUGUGUUAAUGCUACACUUUCCCUCCUCCCUCAUGACACUGGGUGGCAGGCAGGGCCGGUGCAAGGAUUUUUGCGGCCGUAGGCAAAAUAAAAAUUUGCCGCCCCCCCCAUGUGACAUCACAAUGCCCUACCCAUAUGAUCUGCCAUAUGAACUAAUGCCAGUGCUGCACACAGUGUGUGUUUACAUUAAAAAGCCUGCAGGGACAGGCUAUAGACACCGGAUCCACUUCAUUAAGCUGCAGUGGUUCUGGGGACUGUAGUGUCCCUUUAAUGUGAGGUAAAUUAUAGAUUAGUGUCACUAAUAAUAUACUAGAUUGCCUACUUUCAACCAGAUGAGGGUGGUGAUGGGCUCUGGCUGCAGUUUGGCUCCACUGGUCUAGUGUAGAACAGGAUCUGUGGAGGCGGUUUGUAACUGUGGUCACAUAAUUCAAUGUUCUGGGAGAACGGGAAGCAGCUCCAUCUUUUGGGGCCCCUUAUUACACAGCUCAAGGUCUGGGCCCCAGGGCCUAACUGUGAAUAUGCCCAUAAGGCCCACCCAUAAGUCCACCUAUAUGUUUCACCCAUGAGUUCGCUCACAGGGAGUGGAGUGUGUAGGGGAUGUGUUAUGUGUUAUUGUAGAGGAUCUAAUGUGUGUGCUUAUGGAAUGUAGUGCAUAGGGAUAUCAGUUUGUGUAGGUGAUGCCAUGUGUUUGUGUGUAGUGGAAGCAGUGUGUGUUUGUGUAUAAGGGAUGUAUUGUGUGUUUCUGGUUGUGUGUAAGGGAUGCAUUGUGUGAAUCUGUGUUUGUAUGCAUAAAGGAUGCAAGGUGUGUGUCUGUAAGUGUGUGCACUGAGUGUUUUCUUCUCACUGCCCCCCCCUCUGUGUUGUUCUCACCCCCUCUCCCUGUGUUCUUCUCACUCUCCCCCCUCUGUUCUUCUCACUCCCCCGUGUUCUCCUCACCUCCCCCCUCCCCGUGUUCUCCUCAUCUCCCCUUCUCCUCACCCCAUGUUCUUCUUACUCCUCCACCCUCCUCCCUGUCUUUUUCUUACUCCCCCUCCCCUCUUCUUCUUACUCCCCCUCACCCCCUUCUUCUUACCCAGUGUGGCGAAACCAACCUCGCCACUGUACACUGGAGAAGCCUGGUUGCUCGCCUGCUGCCUUUGGACUAUGGCCCCAUGUUAAGACAUCUUUUUCCCUGCAGAAAAGACUUAUUCGUGCUUUUCUGCCGGGUGUUAGGUAGAUUCAAUCUACCGCACAACCGCACGAAUGAAUAGACCACCUGGGAGUUGGAGUGUGCCGGCAAUUAACCUCCCUGAAGCUGCUUAAUUGACGAAUGCUGGGUGGCCGCCAUCCGUAUCACGAACACGAGGUCGCGGCCAUUUUAAACAUGCGAAUGCACAGCGGUGUUCGACGCUUAAUUCACGGAACUGAAAUCGGACACAGUUUUGCGUGAACACCGCUGAAGCCGCCGACCUCCCUUCUUGUUCAGUGAAAGUGCACGAACGGCCCGGUGUUCGGUAGUUUUGUUUGAGUGUGUUGUACCCCAGAUAGGAAUCCCAUGGAGCCCAUUCGCAUGAAACUGACUGUGUAAAGACUUUGGCUCCAUGGCGAUUAAACUGUAUUCGUGUGGUCUGAGCGCCAUUCGCUUAAUAAUGUGCGCUCAGACCUGAGCUAUCUGGGGAUAUGUAGAACGUAUAUGUUUUAUGUACUGAAUGUAACUGUAGGUAAUUUUAUGUCUUUUACUGUUUGUUUUCUGCCAUGUGGUUAAUGGAGUUUUGCCUCUGUCUUUGGAGAUAAUUGAGAAGUAAUUCAAUUAUCUCCAGAGCAGAGAGGAGGGAUUGUGAUGUAUGUCUGUGAUUGGCUAAGAGCCAAUAUGUUUCCCAGUUUCCCAUUUGGUCCCCUGGGGGAGUGUCCACCAGGUGGGAGACCUGCAUAAAAGCCGGGCAGUUAGCCCCAGUAAACCAGUUCCUGCUUUACCCUCAAAACGAAGUGUUGUCUCGUUAUUGGGGGAAUUGGAUUGUAUGCUGACUGCCAGGAGUGUAACCCUUUCGUAUGGUUUUCCUGUUCGGAUAUUUCCAGUGUUCAUGUGUUUCCAGUUCGGGAGAUCGGUGCUUACAGUAGCUGUCGGUGUAGCUGAGAAAGGGGAAUAUCGCCUAAACGGUUUUUAACCUCUGGUGAGCAAAACGGACCAUUACACCCCCUCUUCUUCUUACUUCCCCCUCCCCUCUUCUUCUUACUCCCCCUAACCCCCUUCUUCUUACUCCUCCUAACCCCCUUCUUCUUACUCCCCCUUCCCUCUUUUUCUUACUCCCCCUACCCUCUUCUUCUUACUCCCUCCCCCUUCAUCUUAUGCCCCCCUGUUUUCUUCUUACUCCCCUCCUCCCCCGUUUUCUUCUUACUCCACCCCUUCCCUAGUUCUUCUUACUCCUCCCCUCCCUGUGUUCUCCUCACCUCCCCUUCCCUGUAGCGUGGCCGAGCUCCUCUCCGGUCCGCGGUACAGGAGUUUCUGUUUCCUGUACCCGGCUGGACUGACAGGAAGUGCACACUGAGUGUGCACUUCCUAUCAGUCCGGCCGGGUCACGGAACGGAGAGGAGCUCGGCCACGCUACAGGAAGGGGAGGUGAGGAGAGCGCUCAGGUGGCUGCAGCAUUUAAAGGGCCGGCGAUGGCGGCUGUCUAUAGAGCGCUCAGUUGGCUGAAGCAUUUAAAGGGCCGAUGAUGGUGGCGCAGGGUGCCCCCUCCUAUAUGGCGCCCUAGGCGGCUGCCUAGUUCGCCUUAUAGGAAGCGCCAGCCCUGGUGGCAGGGGUAGUCUGUUGUGUAAUCGGGAGGACUGAGAUAAAAUUGGGUAAUAUGUGGACAGACAAAGUGCCUGGGGUGCCCAAUUUAUUAUUUAUAUAGCCAGUAAGAAGAGAGCUGUGUUUCAUUUGCAAAAAGCAGGUAAGCAAAGGUAUUACCUCUCUAUUGCCUUUAGUGAAGAAGUAGUUGUCCUGACAUCUGGAAUCCAUUAAAAAGACUAAAAUCCAAUAAUAAAUUCUAAUAAUAAAACCCCUAGUUUAGGGGUAGUUAUGGUAAGAGUAUGUAAAGUGAUGUUUAAAACUAGUAGACUUAACGGUUUAUUUACGAAAUUGUGAAUUCAAAGUGAAUUUCAAAAUAACUAGGCUUCCAGUUUGACUACUGUGACCUAAAGUUUUUUAGUGUGGGUUUAGACUUAAAGGAACACCGUAGGGUCAGGAACACAAACAUGUAUUCCUGGCCCUAUAGUGUUAAAACCACCAUCUAGCCCCCCUGGUUCCCCCUUGCCUCCCUAAAUAUAGUAAAAUCUUACUUGUAUUCAAGUCUACAGCUGCUGGCUCUGCCCCUGUCUGCCUCUGAACGGACUGUGUCUGCUGACAUCAUCAAAAGUGCUGGUCUGAGCCAAUCACAAAAUAGGAUUGGCUGAGACUGUCAAGGAGGCAGAUCAGGGGCAGAGCCAGCAAGAAUCAAACACAGCCCUGACCAAUCAGCAUGUCCUCAAAGAGAUGAACAAAAUCCAUGCAUCUCUAUGAGGAAAGAUCAGUGUCUGUAUGCAGAGGGUGGAGACUCUGAAUGGCAGUGCUGCUCACUCUGCAUCACUGCCCCAAGAAGCACCUCUAGUAGCCAUCUGAGGAGUGGCCAAUUGAGUUAUCACUAGGCUGUAAUGUAAACACUGCAUUUUCUCUAAAAAGACAGUGUUUACAGCACAAAUCCUGAAGAGAAUGAUUAUACUCACCAGAACAAAUGCAAUAAGAUGUAGUUGUUCUGGUGACUAUAAGAAUAAUAAUAAUUUGCAAUAUUUAUAGCGCUUUUCUCCCUGUGAGACUCAAAGCACUUUACAAAUAUACAAACAUAAAGACAUAAAGUUAGGACUUUUUUUACUUUUUUUACAACUAUAGUGUCCAUUUGAGAUAAAGUUUAGAGCUAUUGCUGAUAGUCUUGUUAAUUUAUGUUCACCAUUUAUGACCUAUCCUCCAUAUCUUUAAAUCUCAAAUACUUUCUCCUCUGUUUAUUUAGUUUUCCUCAUUAACUGCAAUUUCUCACCUCAAUAUCUGUGUCUUCCCAACCUUUAAAUUGCUGUUUGAUCUAACCCAGACUCUCUUUUGCAGCCUGAGUCCCACACACACCAACAUAUAGCUCCCAAGACUCUCAGCUGCAAGCCUCAUGCAGAGGUAGCUCUCUUGGAUGGCUUCCUGCCCACCCCUCCCCACACCACCCCAAGUUUCUCAUUACAUUUAUAGAUAGGAAAAAUUACCUGACAGUCUAAACACACUAUGUUUCUCAAACACUCAUCACCUCCUGGCCUUUUAACCCCUCACACCUCUCUUGUAACUCUAAUAUACAAUCAUAUUUAAUUCUGCAUUACUGAAAUUCCUACUCCCCUUCUAUAAAAUAUAAAAUCUUUCAUUCUUCUUAUAAAAUGUCCUCCCUCGUAUUCUUUAUCUUCACCAUCACUUCUGUCAUUGUCAAUAAAUCAUCAACAUACUGGAGGAGGACCACAUCUGGGUGAGAUUUCUGCCAGGGUUCAAGGACAGUAGACAUGGAUUUGGCAAAUUGUGUUGGAGAGUUUUGUGCACCUUGAGGCAUGACAGUCCAUGUAUAUUGCUGAUGGUCAUGUGUAAAAAGCAAAGAGAUACUGACAUGAGGGAUCCAGGGGCACACUGAAGAAGGCAUUUGCAAGGUCUACCACUGUGAAGAAUUUGGCAGUUGAAGGCACUUGUGACAACAAGGUGUGUGGAUUUGGAACGACUGCCGUGUCCCGUUUGGUAACCUCAUUGACAGCACGGAGAUCCUGGACCAUGUGGUAUUGGUCUGGUUGGCCCUUUACAGUUUUCUUCUUGACAGGAAACAGGGGAGUGUUGCACUGGGAAACACAUUUGAUUAAAGCACCUUUUGCAACCAGACUUUCAACAGAGAUGGCAAGAGCUUGUGCAUGUUUCAAUGGGUACUGUGGCCGUCGUGGUGGGGUAGCACCUUCAAUGAGUGUAACUAUCACAGGUGGGACCCGGAGGCGGCCAAUAUCAUCCGGGCCUGUAGACCAAAGUUUAUUUGGGACCGUAUCAGCGCACUGGGGUAUGCGUGGACCCUUGUUUCCUCUGUGGGGGAUGUCAUGUGCAUGAGUAGGGGCAAAGAACAGAGAUGUCUUACGAGAAAGUUGGGUAAGUAAUUGUACCUGACCAUCAGCGGUGAAGGAGACAGAUGCCUGAAGAUGAGACAAUACAUCAGCUCCUAAGAGGUUAAUGGGACAAGUGGAUGAAACAACGAACCGGGAGAGAAUGUUAGACCCAACUCGCAAGAGUUUAGUUAAUGGGUUGUUACGGGGGGGUACCAUGAACGCCCACACAAGAAACAUCGAGGUCAGAUAAGUAAGAAGGAUCUGGCAGGUCUUAUUCCCUGAGGACACUGCGUGCUGCACCUGUGUCAACUAGAAAGGUAGUAGGAUGACCCUCAACUGGUAAUACUGGUAGCUAAGGACCCCCCUUUGUCCCCUGCAGACACUGCCAUAACAGAGGUGUCAGACACAGGUUUGCUGGUUACUUAUUGUACGAGAUCUAGAUAGGAUUGAUCAGGGCCAUUUUAAUGACGUGUAGUAGGGUGACUUGAUUGAUGACCUUGACGGGCAGGACGAUAAUGAUUGGAUGUUGGGUGAUCAGUUUGCUGAAAGUCAUCUGAAUCAUAAUUAACUGGGGGAGGGUGUGCAUUAAAUUGAUUAGGUUGAUAAGUAGUUUGGGAAUAAUCUUGUGGUGGGUCGUAUGGUGCUUGCGGCUGUGGGUGCGUCUGUGGAGGAGAACGAUGUUGAGGACUCCCAUAUGUAGCUGUAUGAGUGUUGGGGUGCAUUGGAGGUCUGCUGAGUGGCGGGCGAAAUACCCGUGGGUGUGGGAAAUCCCUGCGGAAAUUACCUGGUAGGGUACAAUUAAAGCAUACCCUGGCCGGAGGUCUAGGUACUGGGGACUGUCCCUGAGUAGCUGGCAUGAUAGCCAAUGUGGGAGGAUUCUGGGGCCCCAAGGCGGGUCUGGAAGUAGGGCUGAAAGUGGAAAACAUGAGUGGAUUACUUCUCUUCUGUGAUGGCUGCAGAACUGAUUCUAAACCCUUUGCUACCAACAAGCGAGUAUCCAAAGGAAUAAUUCUGUAUUUGGGACGUGCAAGUACUAAGCCUUUCCUAAUGGUCUCCUUAAGACCAGCCACAAAGGAGGCUGACAACAUCUGGGUAUGUGCUUUGUUAUAUACACUGAAACCAAGAUCAAAAAAUGUUUGGGUUAACCUGGAGUGAUAUUUUUCUACUGACUCAAGUUUGUCUUGUAUGAUAUAAUUAAUGCAAGUGUCCUGGUCAGCCAGUUUGUCCUGGGCCCAGGCCCUGAGUUGCUCACAGAAAACAAUGCCUGACUGAAAAUCCAUAUCAUUGGUGAGGACAGCAUCAUUAAAACUCCUUUCCAUAAUUGGCCAGUAGGCAUCCCCAGCCUUGAUCUCACAUAAACUGUACAAAUCACGCCAAGCUGCUGAAUACGUUUUACGAAUCUGAGAAAUUCUUCAGAAAAAGGGCAUGGGUUGUUUUUCUGGAUCGGGGAGAGAAGUUACCAGGGUCGCAGCUUGAGAUGGGUUAAAUGUAACAUACAUUGGCUGGGCACCUUCCACUGCUGACGAGGCAGGGAGGUGAGUAUCUGCAAUGGCCUGUCUCUGGGAAAAUCUGUUAUUUGAGGGACGGAAUGGGCUAAGCUCUGGCACAUUGUUGUUCCCGGGUGGGACUGGGGGACCAUGGUAACUAACAACAUCAAAUGAGUUGGGGGCUGGAGCCAUCGGGGCGUUGGAACCGGGAGGACCAACAGCGAUGGUCUGGGGGGUGACUAACUGAGACAUAGUGGGAUGGAAACCUGAGGCAGCGGGAGAAGCGUCGGCAGCCUGAGGUUGUCCCGACGUGCCAGACUCAUUUGUCCCAACAGUCAUGAGUGGGUAACUGGGGGUGUUUAUUGGAGGGGCAGGGAUGGGGGUUGGAGCGGGUGAAGGUGUGGGUUGAAUAAGCUGAGACAGGUGAUUGGAGAGAGAGGAGAUGAGUGACGUGAGAUCAUGGGAGGAGACACCAGGGUUGGAGGUAGGAGGGGAAGGAGAAUCCGGAACAGAAACAGGAAGAGCAGGUUGGGGAGAAGGAGGAGGAGAAAUAGGCGGGGUAGUGAACUAGGCUAGAAGGACGGAAAUAAGUGACGUAACGUUGGUAUCAGGGGAAGGGGGAGAAGGAGGUUCUGACAUGGGGGCUGCAGAGAUGGGAGGAGAUGGAACAGUGAGAGUGGAGGCAGGGGCGAGGAAAGUAGAGAGGGUGGAGAUAAGGGACGGAAGAUCACGAGGAGGGGAGGGGGGAUCUGAAAUGGGGCAGGAGGAGUAGGAAGGGGUGGAGAAUUAGGAGUGGAAGUAGAGGCAAAGAGGGCAGAUGAAAAGUCAAGGGGGGGUGAGAAUACGGGAAGAGAAGGUUCUGGAAUAGGAGCAGGAGGAAUGGAGAGGGGUUGGGAAGUAGGAGUGGAGGUAGAAGUGAGCGAAGUGGCGAGGUCUGAAACGAGAGAGGAAAGAUUGGGGGAAGGAGAGAAUACAGGAGGUGAAGGUUCUGGAAUAGGAGCAGGGGGAGGGGAAAGGGGUAGAGAAGUAGGAGUGGGGGUAGGAGUGAGUACAGUGGUGAGGGCUGAGACGAGAGAGGAAAGAUCGGGGAGGAGAGGAUACAGGAGGUGGAGAAGGCUCUGGAACAGGAGCAGGGGGAGUGGAAAGGGGUAGAGAAGUAGGAGUGGGGGUAGGAGUGAGCACAGUGGUGAGGGCUGAGAUGAGAGAGGAAAGAUCGAUAGAGGGAGAAGGGAGGGGAUUGGAAAUGGGAAGGGGAGAGGAGUCUUGGACAGGGAUCGGAGGGGCAGCAGAGAGUGGGGAAAUCGGGGCUGGAGUGGCAGGAACAAUAGGGGGAGGAAUCGUGGGUACACCAGGGGACAUCGUGGAUGAUGGCAAUGAGGAAACCGGGGCAGAAGGAACAACAGGGAGAAGGGCCAGUGAGGUCUCGGAAGAAAUAAUGCAUGUUGGGAGAGUGGGAACAGGGAUUGGAACAAUGGGAGGUAUGGUAGUGAGUGAUAAGGAGAAGGCAACAUCGGGAGGGGGAAUAGGGAAAGAUAGUGAUGAUGGGGCGACAUCAGUAAUGACAUGUGGUAGUGAAGGAGAGGAGACAUGAGCAAGAAGUGGGGAGGGAACGGAAAUAACAGGUGAUAUGGCUGAUGGUGAUGGGAGAGGGAAAGGAUAAUAGUAGGAUCCGUCCACCCCGAGGACAGGGUACAGAGGGGUGGGAGGCCCUUUGGCAACGGGAGGUAGAACAAUGGGGGGCGGAGAUGGGGCAGUGUUUGAGGAGGAGGGACAUGGUUCGUUUGUGGUAUUCUGGGCACCAUCAUAGGGUGGUGGCUGGGGAACAACAGUGGAUGAAUCAUCAUCAUUGCAAACAUUUCUGUAAUACACAUAAAUUGCUUGUCCUCCAAAAUCAAUUUCCUCUUCUGACCAACCCUCCCAUUUGAGUCCUCUGGCUACACGAUACCAAGCCUUUUGUCAACCCAUUAUCCAGUAAUAUACCCUCUUUAUCAAUGAGCAAUUUUCUCCAAAACUCUGGCUGUAACCUACCACUGGGUGACAUUUGGAAACCACAAACCUUCGCUAUCUUUUUCAUCUUUAACAUAGCUUCCUCUCCUGCUCUUUCUUUAACAGUAUCACAAGCUAAGAGACCCUUGGGUGUCUAGCAUAUUCCUGUCCCAUAUUUAUCAAACAAGGUUCUUCCUGUAAGAGGGACAGAGAUAGAGAGAGGAAAAAGAGAAGGAAUGUCUACAGUGCUCGACUGCCACGAGGAAUUAAUUCCUGUGCGUCUUCCCAAAAUGUAGACUAGUCACGGGAUCCGCCCACCCGAGAUGGUGGCCACGGAUCUGUGCGGGCGAGCGUGGGUGACUAACACAGCUCUGGGCAACAAGUACAAAAGAGGUAGAGAAUUGAGGAGAAAGUGAACGUAGAGAGACUAAUCAAUAAAUAUUUGCAAGAAUCACAAAUACAGAGAUGUGCACAUAAUACGGAAUAGAGUACGAACCACACAACACACACACGCAAUGAGGGUACCCACACUAUGGCCACAACUGAACAAGGAACAAUAAAAGUGUGAACAUAGCAAUGGUUAAAUAGUAAAUAAACUCUGUUCUGCUUCGAACAGUGCAACACAAUUCACAGCCUUUCUUUAGGCUAUCCCCAGCCCUUCACGGGGUGGACAACAAAAACCCCAACCCUUUACCGGGUGGUCAACAAAAUCCCAGCCCUUUACCAGGCGGUCGCAUCCCCUGCCCGCUAGGCAGUCAAGCAAUAACAGUAAAUGCGUUCCCUGCCUGCAAGGCAGUCAAGCUAUAACAAUAAAUGCAUUGUCUGCCCGCUAGGCAGUCAAGCUAUAACAAUAAAUGCAUUCCCUGCCCGCUAGGCAGUCAAGCUAUAACAAUAAAUGCAAACCACACACCCGCCAUCACACACACAACUUUCAGGAGGCAGACAAUCGACAGGUUCGUUAAAAAAAAAAGGCACCGGAUAAGAGAAUACCUGUCUUGUAGCCUUCUGGAAGCCGGAAGUGGACACGGAGACAGACCGACACAAAACAGGAGAAUACAGGCAAACUGCUGUAUUAGGAGGUGAUCAGGCUCCGGUUGUCCCACUUUCUGGAGGUCCGUCCCACUUUCCGGAGGUCCGCCCCACAUUGGGCGCCAAAUGAUGUGGAAAUCAAUCAAUAAGUUGAUUAUCUUGUGUAUCUGCCCCUGGCCAAAUUAAAGAAAUAAUGCGUGCACGCUCCUGAAGUAAUUCACACCAGACACAAGUUUUGGGUUAAUGAAAAACUUGAGGAAUGUUUAUUCAGGGGGGACAUGUCCCCUAUAAAGCAAAAUUACAUCAUAAGCAUUGUCAGAGAUAACAUGAAAUAAUACAUCAGUAAUUGGUUAGGUGUUAAGUGGCUCAUUUAAUGCUCUGCCUACUGAGUGUGAUGUCAUCGGCAUCUUAGAAGUCUCCCCCAGAUUCCAGUGCCAUCUUGUUAAUGAGGGUGUUAGUGUUAGAUGUUAAAGGGGAAACUCCCAAGCGGCCAUUUUGGGUAAAUCACAUAGAAAGUUGAAUAAUGCUGAUUGUAGUUGUUCUGAGUAAAUAGACAUUUUACUAAUAUAAAUUGGGUUAAUAUAUUUAUCCACAACAGCUUUCCCUAAUUUAUGGUUCUGUCCUUCAUUCCUGUUCCGCUGUCUUCUUCCUUGGUGUCCAUCUAUUGACACCAGGGAAUUGUCCCCAAGAAAACACAGCAUGAACAUAAUUAGAUGAGGCAGCAGAGCAUUUUCUGUGUAGUUAUUUUUAUUUUAUUUUUUUAAAUUUGCCAAUUUUUAUUGCGUUUAGGGUACAAAAGAAAAAGGAUGGUGAGGGUUGGGUGAAAGUUGCAUAUACAGUAGCUUGGUUUACAAUUUUGAACAUACAUGUGGAAUCGCAUUUGAUUAUACGAGUGUUUUUGCAAUAAACAUACAUGUGGAAUCGCAGUUGAUUGUACUCGUGUAUUUGUAAUAAUCUUGGUAGACAGAAAGGGAGGUAAUGGGGAUAACUGUGGUGUCCAACCUGGUUAGUUUGCGCUAUGCAUUUUCGCUUCUAAUGGUUUCCGAUUCUUGCCUUUUUGCUGAGUCAGUCUUUUUUGUAUGCAUGCAUGUUAAAUGGCUCUAACUAAGCUUUGUAUAAUCAAUAAGUAUUCUGCACUCCUUCGGUUAUCCGUGUUCAGUUACUCAGGUAUGUGGUCUGUAUCAGUGUGUCACCUGGAUGUUUAUUAUCAGUCCGGUACGGGUUAGGUGUGAUCGGUGACUCUCGGUUAGCUAUCUGGUUGUGUGUUGGAUCGUGAGUAGCUGUUGUCAGCGUCUGUGUUUUUCUACUUCCAACUCGUCUAAUUUUUUUUUAUUGGGCCAGUCCCUUUUCGAAUGGUGCGUAGUUAUUUUAACAAUUAACAAUCUUAAUAAUUAUAAUAUUAAUAGUAAUGCCCUGUACAGUAAUUAUACUAAUAAUAGUAAUUAUAUUAAUAAUAAUUAUAAUAUUAAUGCCCUGUGCAGUAAUAAUAAUAAUAAUAAUGCCUUGUGCAGUAAUUAUAAUAAUAAUAAUAAUAAUAAUAAUAAUGCCUUGUGCAGUAAUUAUAAUAAUAAUAAUGCCCUGUGCAGUAGUAAUAAUAAUAAUAAUAAUGCCUUGUGCAGUAAUAAUAAUAAUAAUAAUAAUUCCUUGUGCAGGCCUGUCUCCAGUGACAAUCAUUGACAAGGCACAGGCUCCGCCCACAUGGAUAUCCGAUCCCCACCUGCCACUCAGAUCACUCGCUUUUCACGUGCACACUUUAAGAACGUGCCAUUAAGCCAAUCAACGGUCUCAGUUGGCGUUGGGAAGGCGGUGCCGAGCCGGCUUCAGUCUGUGUGGGCGUGGUUUGAUGGAGUCCUGGGAGGGAUGCUGUUGUGGGCGUGGCAUCGUGUAAGGAAUCCUCCACUUACCUUGUUCUUCAUUGCUCCCUGCUCCGUGUCACCGAGCGGCCUGUAUCAGCAGCACGGACACCCCCGGUAGGUGAGCCGGUAACCCCGGCUGGGCACAUUGUGGGUAUCUCUGCCCUCCGCUGAGGGAGGGGGCGCUGUCACGUGGGCAGAGUGUGGGCUAUUUAAAGUGGUGGGGACACCCCGAGUCAGGUUACCGGCUUCUAUCCCGGGACCCCCGGCAGCCAUGUACGGUGCGCCCACAUUGCACCCACAAUGAGCGCCCACAUUGCACCCCCAGCCCUGGCUGCCUGUGGGGGGACUUAUUCUGGCAUUGCAUUAUGGGAGUUGAAGUCCAAGCACAGCAGGAGGGCCAAGGUUAAACAGCCCUACUCUCUGUUAUUACAAUCCUCAGAGCUGGGCUGCUCUGCCUGCCACUCACCCUGUGUUAUGGACCUGGGAUGGGGAGCCAGCCACGCUGUAUCAUUAUUACUAUUGGGGACUUUAUACUGCCAGGGGGUGAUGCAUCAUUACUAUUGGGGACUUUAUACUACCAGGGGGUGAUGCAUCAAUUCUAUUGGGGACUUUAUACUACCAGGGGGUGAUGCAUCAAUUCUAUUGGGGACUUUAUACUACCAGGGGGUGAUGCAUCAAUUCUAUUGGGGACUUUAUACUACCAGGGGGUGAUGUAUCAUUGCUAUUGGGGACUUUAUACUACCAGGGGGUGAUGUAUCAUUGCUAUUGGGGACUUUAUACUACCAGGGGGUGAUGUAUUAUUGCUAUUGGGGACUUUAUACUACCAGGGGGUGAUGUAUCAUUGCUAUUGGGGACUUUAUACUACCAGGGGGUGAUGCAUCAUUGCUAUUGGGGACUUUAUACUACCAGGGGGUGAUGCAUCAUUGCUAUUGGGGACUGUAUACUUCCAGAAUCAGUACCAGCCUAGGUAUUGGCUUAAUUGACUGUCCUAGCUGUGUUUUAAUUGGUUUUAAAAUGUUUUCAUUAAACAUUGAAAAUUGAAAUGGAGACUUUAGAUUACGUACCUACUCAGUAUGCAGAAAGCUGGGGGAAAGCUAAGGUUAGAUAUACGUACCUAAAGUUCUGCCUUGCAGGUGCACCUAUGUUUUAUCCUUUGGUGCUUCAUCUACCAGGAGCCUGUUUUCUGUCGUGCAGAUAUGCAAGGGUACAGCAUUGAGGCCCAUGAAGGAUCCUGCAUUUUUCUAAAACUACCAGAAGCUGAAUUUACUUUUCUUGGUUAAAUACUUUAUUAUAAAACUUUCUGGCAGUUAUCCCCAAUAUUAUUCAAUUAUUCAUUCAAAGAAUUGCUAGAGAUAAUUUCCUUAUUAAUACAUGGUGUAGGUUAGUCCUUGCUUAGAUCCUACAAUUUUGUUCACUGUUGGGAUUAUUGAGAAAACUGUGAAAUGUGGAUUUUACUUUUUUUCUGGUAAUUCACUUUUCUUUACUGCUAUGGAGUUUAGUAAAGAGAGUUAUGCACAAUACAAAGCCUCCUGUCAUGUAAUAAAAUUGUAUUUUAAUGAGAAGAACCCCAAUAAUUGUGGUUCUGUUGAAUAAAAUUAAAGCAUUACUGUCUGGGGAAUUUGAGGAAUUCAAAAGACUCCCGAUGGUGACAUCGCCCUUGAGUGUCUGGUGGUCGGGGGCAGGUAAAGGUGAAAUUUACUUGCCUGAACCUACCCUUCUUGUGAGUUUGGCCAUCUUGUUCCUGCGUGUCCCUGCUGUCUUAUCUGCCCGUGCAUAAGAGUACAUCAUUGAGGCCUAUAGAAAAUCUGACACGACCCUGGGGUUCUUCAUAGACAGAGCCAAUUCCCUGUACCCCUGUAUCUUAUAACAUUGUGUAAAGCAUACAUAUGUCAAAAAAAGUAGUGGAGAAGAUACGGGUUUCGCUGUAAGUCCCGACAGCCAUGUUUAUCAGGAACUACAUUUCGUCUCUGUCAAUGUAAAUUGGAUGGACUUUACAGUGAUUAUGUUGGUUAUGCAUUAUGAGAUGGACACACUACUGCAGUGGUUAUGGUCCAAAGAGUAUUUGGUAUUGUCCUUCCUGUUUGUGUCAAACCAUUUUUAAGCCUCUCUGCUGUUGUUGCUUGAAUACUAUUAACAUUACCUGUCCUAUCUUUGACUUCAGUGAUAGGUUGUGAGUGUUGGUGUAGCUCCUCUCCCAGUAAAUUUGAUGGAGUAAGUUCACUUUCGCAUAUCUAAGCUGCAAUCAAGGGGUUGGGCUAUAGGAGAGACUUUGUCAGACCUCUCAAAUUGUUUGACACAAGCAGAUGGGAUGGUGCCCAAAAACUCUUUGCACAAUUAUUUCUACAAUUAGCUGUUGUGAUUAUGGUACUCUGUCCAUUUUAUAUUGAUGCAGAUAAGCCCUACUUUGUUUAGCGUAUAGUUAUCAAAUAAAAAGCAUACAAUCGCAGUUUUAAAUAAAAAAUAAAAAAAAGCAAAACAAACUCAAAACUAUUAAAAUAACAUACCAUGUAAGAUGCAAGUUAUUUAAACCUGAAGUAAAUUGCAUGUUUAUAUUUUAUAAAUCCAAAACCUUUUUAUGUUCAGUAAACCAGAUUAUAUUUCACUGCUGUAUUUAUUGUUUUCAUGCUGCUUGUUUAAUAUUAUUCAUGUGCGUUAAAAUGUAGUUUUUUCCUAUUUACUUUGCAUGAAUAAGUGUGUGUGCUUGUAUUGGUCAUGGAGUACUUACUGUAACUCGUGCAUUCUACAUUGUAUCUGUCAAGCAAGUAGCAUUUCCUUUUAGGUGUAUAGAUGCUCAUGCUAUGGGGGUCAGUGAGCAGUUCAUUGAUAUUCUGUAGUGCAUGUGCAGCAAACCGUUCAUGAGUAGACCGGAGGGGACAUAUAAAAAAUGGCAGUCAUUUAAUAUUACAUAUUCAUCUCUGCUAAGAUAGGGAUCAGUUUAAUCCAGUACGUUCCACUAUUACUGUAGUAUCUGUGGAUACGUAUUAAUGGUGUUCGCUUUAAAAACUAAAAAAAAAUUCACUACACAUAAUACAAAAUUGAGCAGGAAUUGCAAAAUAGAUUAAUCGAUUUUGGCUAAACUCUGUCAAAAGCUAAAAUCAUGUUGGUGUUUAGUAAGUUACACGUCCAGUAAUGCACAAGCUAAACUGAGUGACCUUGGUGAACAAUACUUACUAUAAAAAAAAUCUUAUGUAUUUCAGCUAAGAUAACACAGAAACAAACCAUUUUCUGCUGGAAAAACUUGAUAGACUAAAAUUCAAACUUUUGUGACCAGAAGUCAUUUAAUUAAAUCCCUGGGGCUAAACACAAGUGACCUUGCUGGAUUCCUUAACCACAGCCUGAGGUCAGUAAAGCCUGUUCACUAAGCAGGGCUUGGCUAUUUGCAGUUGAAAAUAGCCCAGCUGGAAAAAACAGAUGAUUAUGAAAAUCACAUCCUAGGCCUUACUUUUAACUGCCUUUUGGUAUGAAUAUCUCUCCAGUACACAAUUAAAUUAGGAUAUAAAUGUUUGGACCUGUUGGCUUAAUAAAGUAGUAACAAGAAAUGUGUAAUGUGGGGUGGGAGCGAUUGCAGAUUUGAUGUGUAUGAUAGUAAAACUUUUUUCCGAUUUUAAUUGUUCUGACCAUUAGCUGCAUUUUAGUUGUACUUCCAGUUUCAAUACAGUUAAUGGUCAGUGACCAGGUUAGCUAUUCCUUUGUCUCUACAAUUUCCAGUUUGCUUGUUUUGUUUGUUGUUUUGUUUUGUAAAUAAACAAACUUAAAAGGACUCUGCAGUUCUCCUCCAGCAUAUCAGAUGACUUAGACAAUAGCUGGACUAGCUGUUCUUUCUGGGAUAGUCUGACUGCCUUCCAAAGUUUCCUUGAAAUACCAUGCAGUGUUUGAUGGGUAACUAAUCUAACCGGAAAAGAAUGAGCUAAACCUGUUUCUCAAAGGGUCAAUUUCAGGGUGCUUCACUAAAUUCCAAAUUGUAGCAAACUAAAAUCUGAAUGGUGACAAUGAGGCUACAUUAUCUGACCUGGGAGGAUUUUAUUUUGUUUGCUUUUCUUUUUUUUUUAAUCCUUAAUUUAGUUUAUCUUAAAGCAAAACAGCAACAAACUCAGCUUGCUUACUGGGCUAGUGCAGCAAGGCAAGUGUGUGUUGUUGUGUUUUUUUGUUUUUGUUUUUUUUUCGUGCAAAAAGCUCACAUUUAGCAGUUCUGCUUUAAAACCCCAAAACCAAUGUGCUCUUUUUUUCCUAUAUAGUUAUUCACACUGGCUGUCCCUCUGUGUGAGAUGGCAGGUCUAAAUCUGAGUUUAGAUUAGGAUUUUAGACCUGGCAUCUGGGAUUUGUUAGCACACUCAGCCCCUGAGGUGGUCAGUUGCCUGUGAGUGGAGGAAGGUGGUCGGCCAACUCCUAAAUAGACGGCCAGCUGAUGGAGAGCAUGGGGUGUGCGCACAGGCGGGAGGCUCCUGAAGGAUUGAGAAAGACAGGCGCGUGAGGAAGCUGUAACCUCCGUCCCUGCUCUACUCUCUUGUGCGUCCUCCAGUGAUGCCGGGAGCCGGAAUAUGACGUAAUUCCGGCCCCGGUAUCACUAAAAUGCACUCUAUGGAGCAGAGCAGGGAGAUGACUAAAGCCCCACUGGACCCCAGGGAAAGCCGAACCACUCCAGCUCCAGUUAGGGAGGCUGGGUGGUCACCUUAAUGUGUGUUAUUGCAGUGACUGUGUGUGUUUAGGUGACCAGUCCCCCUUCCAUCACAUGGGCAAGGUUUUUACUCACCUUUUUCCCCCCCACGCUGUGCUGUUCUUGCCUUAGCUGGCCUUGCCUCCAUGACUGCGAUCAUCAAUCUUGAUGAUCUCAGCCAAUCCAAGGCUUUCCAAUAGGAAAUAAGUGGUAGAGGUUAACACAGUAAGGGAGUUUAAGCAUGCGUGGGAUAGGCAUAAGGCUAUCCUAACUAUAAGAUAAGGCUAGGGACUAAUGAAAGUAUUUAGAAAAUUGGGCAGACUAGAUGGGCUGAAUGGUUGUUAACUGCUGUCACAUUCUAUGUUUCUAUAAAGUUGAUGCCAUUGUAACUGCUAAAUAGAAAUAAAUAUAAUCACUACACAAAACACAACUUGUAGUACUUUAGAGAACACCAUUUUAUAAAUCCUUUUUCUUACAGAUGUAGCCCAACAAAUCAAAAACAUUGUAACUGAAGACAUAGUUAAAUAACUAAAAGAUAACCAACAAAAAAAAUAAGCUGUUAAUGUGCUGUUGUCUAGUGGAACCUAGCAACAUCCAAAGAGCUCUUCAAUUAGCUUGCCAGUUGUUUUCCGUCUAAAACAUUUAACAAGGUUGGGUGUGCAUUGGUACACUUACACAGGUUAACAUGUUUAUAGAGGUGAUACUCUAAAAAUUUGAAUAUCGUGCAAAAGUUCAUUUAUUUCAGUAAUGCAACGUAAAAGGGGAAACUAACAUAGGAGACGCAUUACAUGCAAAGCAAGAUCGUUCAAGCCGUGAUUUGUCAUAAGUGCAAUUAUUAUGGCUUACAGCUCAUGAAAACCCCAAAUCCACAAUCUCAGUAAAUUAGAAUAUUACAUGCAAUCAAUAAAACACGGAGUGUACAUAGAACAAUAUCGGACCUCUGAAAAGUAUAAGCACGCAUUUGGACUCAGUACUUGGUUUGGGCUCCUUUUGCAGCAAUUACUGCCUCAAUGUGGCGUGGCACUGCUGAGGUGUUAUGGAAGACCAGGAUGCUUAAAUAGCGGCCUUCAGCUCUUCUGCAUUGUUCGGUCUCAUGUCUCUCAUCUUACUCUUGGCAAUGCCCCAUAGAUUCUCUAUGGCAGGGGUCCUCAAACUGCGGCCCUCCAGAUGUUACUGAACUAUAACUCCCAUGAUUCUUUGAAUUUCAUAGAGAGCCAGAGAAUCAUGAGAGUUGUAGUUCAGCAACAUCUGGGGGGCCGUAGUUUGAGGACCCUUGCUCUAUGGGGUUCAGGUCAGACGAGUUUGCUGGCCAAUCAAGCACAGUAAUGCCACGGUCAUUGAACCAGGCUUUUGGCAGUGUGGGCAGGUGCCAAGUCCUGCUGGAAAAUGAAGUCCACAUCCCCAUAAAGCUCAUCUGCGGAAGGAAGCAUGAAGUGCUCCAAAAUCUCCUGGUAGACGUCUUUGUUGACCCUGGACUUAAUGAAGCACAGUGGACCAACACCAGCAGAUGACAUGGCUCCCCAAAUCAACACAGACUGUGGAAACUUCACACUGGACUUCAAGCAAAUUGCAGUGUGUGCCUCUCCAUUCUUCCUCCAGACUCUGGGUCCUUGGUUUCCAAAUGAGAUGCAAAAGUUGCUCUCAUUAGAAAAGAGGACUUUGGACCACUGAGCAACAGACCAGGUCGUUUUUUUCUUUAGCCCAGGUAAGACGCUUCUGACGUUGUUUGUUAUUCAGGAGCGGCUUGACAAAAGGAAUACGACAUCUGAAGCCCAUGUCCAGGAUCUGUCUGUGUGUGGUGGCUCUUGAUGCGCUGACUCCAGCCUCAGUCCACUCCUUGUGAAAGUCCCCAACACAUUUGAAUGGCCUUUUCCAGACAAUCCUCUCCAGGCUGCGGUCAUCCCUGCUGCUUGUGCACCUUUUUCUGUCACACUUUUCCCUUCCACAUAACUUUCUAUUAAUGUGCUUUGAUACAGCACUUUGGGGUCAUCCAACUUCUUUCGCAGUUACCUUUUGAGGCUUUCCCUCCUUACAAUGAUGGUUUUCUGCACAACUGUCAGGUCAGCAGUCUUCCCCAUGAUUGUGAUUCCUACUGAACCAGACUCUGAGACCAUUUAAAGGCUCAUAAACCCUCUGCAGGCGUUGUGGCUUACUUAGCUGAUUAGAGUGGGACACUGUGAGCCUAGAAUAUUGCACCUUUUCACAAUAUUCUAAUUUACUGAGGGUUUUCAUGAUCUGUAAGCUAUAAUCAUCACAGCUUGAACUAUCUUGCUUUGCAUGUAAUGAGUCUAUCUCUUAUAUUAGUUUCACCUUUUACGUUUGUGGCGGAACCAACCUCGCCACUGUGCACUGGAGAAGCCUGGUUGCUCGUCUGCUCCCUGUAGACUAUGGCCCCUGUUCUUUUACCCUGCAGAAAGGCUGGUUUGUGCCUUUCUGCAGACUGUUAAAGCCAUGCUACCCCCGAUAGCUAUGCCAUGGAGCCCAGCCGAAUACUGAAAGACUUUGGCUCCAUGGCGAUUGAACUGUAUGUAUGUGAUCUGAGCGCCAUCCAGUAAUAAUGUGCGCUCAGAUCUAAGCUAUCUGGGGAUAGGUAGAAUGUCUGUAUUUUAUGUAAGAAAGGUAACCUUGUGUAUUUUAUUGUAUUUUACUUUCUUUUUACGGCCAUGUGCUUAAUGGAGUUUUGCCUCUGUCCUUGGAGAUAAUUGGAUUACUUCCCAAUUAUCUCCAGGAUAGAAGACUCUGUGGAACUGGUUUUGGGCAGAAAAGCCAUGCUUCAUUUGCUCACAAAGGACUUCGAUCUAUCUUUUGAAUCAAUGGACCAAUUUGGAUGAUUUUGACAUAUGUUUGUAUUUGGAAUAUGCUGAUUCAGUAAGUUUUAUGUGAAUGUGAUGCAUACUUUCAAAGUUAUGAAUAAUGUGGAAAAACUGUAUUCCUCUGCCUGUGAUAAUUAUAUCACCCAUUGUGUUUAGUAAUCAUAUCACAGGCAGAGGGGAGGAUUUUAUGUGGGAGUGUCUGUGUGUAUUUUACGGAUUGAUGGGUUGUUCUGUAAAACCCUGUGGGCAAUACUAUGUUUGUGGAUUGGGAAAAAAAGAGGCUGUAUGUGAGAUUCUGCUUGACCCUCAAACGAAGUGUCGUCUCGUUAUUGGGGGGAAUUGGAUUGUAUGCUGACUGCCAGGAGUGUAACCCUUUCGUAUGGUUUUCCUGAUUAGAUUUUUCUAGUGUUCAUGUGUUUCCAGUUCUGGAGAUCGGUGCUUACAGUAGCUGUCGGUGUAUCUGGAAAGGGGAAUAUCGCCUAAAUGGUUUUUAACCUCUGGUGAGGAAAACGGUCCGUUACAACGUUGCAUUGCGGAAAUAAAUGAACUUUUGCACGAUAUUCUAAUUUUUCAAAUAUCACCUGUAUAAGUGUGCAUUGAUGUUGCCUUGCACAUAGAAAGCUCCCGCUCACUACUCUGAAAGUAAUGUGGUUGUAACAGAGCUUUCUGUACCUCCGCCAAGGACCGCUUCCUAGCUGGAACAGGGGACAAACCACAGCACUUCAGUUGCCGUGGCUUGACUGGGGCCCUGAAACCACUCCUUCCUGGAGCUGAAUGGGGCAUUAGCUCUAGUCCUUACAAGGACUUUCCCCAUUGAAUCCCCUGCAAGCUGGAACAGCAGACACAAGUAAAUCUUCUUUCCCUCCAAUAACAGGAUGACACACAGUUUUGGAGUGUAAACUGGAAUAGGAUUUUAAUGGAGGCACACUGGCCUUUUAUGCAAGUUUCCCAACAAGGGUGACACCCAGGUGGACUUUGUUGGGCACAGGGACACAGUGAAUAAACCAAUAAAAACAGUCAUACUGUGAGACAUGCCCAUGCACAAACAAUAGAAUCCCUCCUCUGUGCUUGGGAGAUAAUUGAAUCAGGAACUGUACUAAUCUAACCCCAUUAUCUCCAAGCACAGAAAAAUAUAAAAAGUUUUGAAACCCCAAAAAGUACCUUAAAAACACAUAAAACCCCUAAUAGCCCCGAUCUGGGUGAACAAUAUAUCCAAAAAUCACCCAGAUUGGUUCAGGAAUUUCCUGGAAGUCAUAGAUUUGACCGACCAUGCACAUGGUCCUAUGUCCAAAACAGUUCUAGGGAAAUCAGUGCUAACAGUCGGUCAAGUUCGGUAGUCUUUUACAGGUUUCCCUGCAGGGCCCAUAGUCUGUGGGCAGGAGACUGGCAAGCAAGCUCCUCCAGGAGCUCAUGGCAAACUCCCUUGGAGAGAGGAGUUUGUCACAGUGGUCUUGCAGAGUAUAUGUUUCUCAUUGGUGAAAUGACACGUGUUAGAAUAUUAGAUCUGUUUGUCAUCACUAUUGCUUUUCUUCUGUUUGUGAGCACCUACCUGUAGCUCUUAUUAGAGCAAGACUUUAUGUGCAACGUUAAAUCUGUUUUCUUGCAAGAUUAAACCGAUGACAAUCUAUAAUGGGUAAAGUGACAGUUCCAUUUUGUAUGUUAAAUAUAAAUCUUUGAGCAAGAGAAAGAUGUGCCUAUCCCUUAUACGUAAUAAAUUGUGUUUUGUGAGGUCUGAAAAUAGAUUGUAGAAGUGCACAACUCAAUAUUUAACUCUGUUUUGAAACAAAUGGUAAUUUACAUUUUUUUAUUUUUUAUUUUUUUUAUCAAUUCUUUAUUUUUGCAUUGACAGACAUUCAAGGUCAUAACAGUGUUGGCUUACGCAGAAGCCCAUUUUUCGAUUGUGCUUUAGUCAUGUUACAGAAAGGAAAUCUGUGUCCUUAGUGUACAUAAUAUAAAUUUUAGACAUAUUCCAUGUGGGUUGCGCAGAGGGGUCAUUUACAUUUUGGCUUCCUGGAAACUGUUUUGGAAGCUCUGCAGCAGCCUCCUGUGUGAUUAAAGUUCAAUUAACCAAGAAGGACUUCUAAAGAUAUCUCACUAUGCUGUAAGAUUUGAUUGAAAUGGAAGCAAUUUUUUUUUUUUUUUUUUAAAACAGGGUGGUGGGGCUUUAUCAAAAGUCCCAUUAUGACUUCAGAUAUCUUCUAGUGCAAACUCAGCGGUGAUUGCAGGAGGAGAGGGACAAUCUUUAAUUUACACAUUGCAGCACUUAGAGGAAGUGAUCCCAGAACACUUCCUCUCUGCACUUGUAACUUAGAGUCUGCACUGGAGUAGAGCAGGCUACAGCAGCUAUCGCAGCUCCUGUUUUUGACUGGUCCCUGGACAGCCCAGUCCCCACUGGACCCCAGGGAAGCCACCCACACUACGAGAUAUAUACACAGCUGCAGAAUAAGCCUCCCCCUAAUACAAAUAAUACACACAGUCCCUACAAGCACAACACUACUGAAAAUCUUCAUACACAAGCAGCCCCACAAAUACACACACCACCAAACACACUAUAUGAGAUAUGGUCCACAUACAUAGACCACAUUCAUAGGUAAACACACAAUACCACAAACUACUCAUGAACAUCUACAAUGUAACCGCCCACAUACACACAAAUGCAGCCUUACAAAGCAACUGCAGCACCCACAAGCAGAAUACGGCAACAUGAACCCCUCAAAAAAAAAAAAAAAAGAGGACUGGCACGCCAAGGGACUUCAAGAUCUUAUUUUGGCACAGUACUACUAAAAGAUUGCCUACCCCUGGAAUAGUGUAAUCUGAUUCGUUGGAAAAAUUAUCCUCUUCUGAUUUAACUUUUAAUUGUUCUCCUCUUAUUCUACAGGCACAAAGGAGCCCUCAAAACAGAACAUGUCCACUCCCAGCUGGAAACCCUUUAUAUAUGGAGGUUUAGCUUCCAUCACUGCAGAAUGUGGUAAGUUUUUAUUUAUUUAUUUAUUUAUUUUUUAUAUAGUUGCAGUAAUGUAACCUAUUAUGGUCUUACAUGGAGUGUUUUAGUGUUUAUUGGCUACAUACUAUUUUUGUUUGCACUAUAUAGUAUGGAAGACGCCGUUAAAGCGUCACUGUCAUGCCGAACUUGCCUUACCCUAAUUGCUUCCUCUUCUCUCCCUCUGUCAGGAUCUGUUCUUCAUUUCUUCCAGUCUGCUCUAGUUUUCUUUAAAACAUAAGACAAAGUAGGGACUAUUUUGUAUUAUGUACUUUUUCCUACGCUUGACCAGCGGAGGAGCAAAGUGUGCUCCAUUUCCUGUGGUCAGAGCAACUUCCCACAAUUCUUACUUUUCCUCCAUGAUCUCGCGAUGCCUCCUUUCACUAUUCCAGAACGUCCUGUCCUUUAGACAGAACGCCGGCAAAACUACCGAAUUUCGCCUAAUAGAAUGAGAACAGUUUGUUCAUUCAUGUUAGGACGACAAUCGGUACUUUUAAAGGGACACUGUAGUCAGCAGAACAACUACAGCUUAUUGCAUUUGUUCUGGUGAGUAGAAUCAUUACCUUCAGGCUUUUUGCUGUAAACACUGUCUUUUCAGAGAAAAUGCAGUGUUUACAUUACGGCCUAGUGAUAACUCCACUGGCCACUCCUCGGAUAGCUGUUAGAGAUCCUUACUUGGUCAUGGCUGCCUAAAAUGCAUCCAAGCAUUCAGUGUCUCCUCCCUCUGCAUGCAGACACUGAACUUUCCUCAGAGAUUAAUUGAUUCAAUUAAUCUCUAUGAGGAGAUGCUGAUUGGCCAGGGCUGUGUUUGAAUUGUGCUGGCUCUGCCCCUGAUCUGCCUCCUUGUAAGUCUCAGCCAAUCCUAUGAGAAGCAUUGUGAUUGGAUCAGGCCACCACUUCUGAUGUCAACAGACAGCUUGUUUUUCUGAGGCAAAUACAGCAUGCAGAGCUACAGCUUCAGGCUUGAAUACAAGUAUGAUUUUGCUAUAUUUAGGGAGGCAUGCUGGGUCUGGGGGUGGGGGCUAGAUGGUGGUUUUAACACUAUAGGGUCAGGAAUACAUGUUUGUGUUCCUGACCCUAUAGUGUUCCUUUAGAAUGAAAUUCUGAUCCGAUCCCCACGGUAUCAGGGAGCCAUCUACCAAAAGGCUGAAAGACCAACAUAGUGUGUGUGUCCCGAACCCCUACACGUGUCACGCGAGUGGUGACAUUUCACUUAAACAGGGGACAUAGGGUCUGCCUUGGCCCCCACCCAUGAGCUUAUAAAGCCUUCCCACGCCCUGCAAUUUGACUCAGAGCGCUCAGAUUGGAUGGUUUAAGCCAACUAUUAAGAGUGCUCUGAUUGGUAAAGUUUCCAAUGAGGCAAGGCUCAGAAUUUACCUAUCCGAGCGCUCUUAUUGGUUGGCUUGGAAUCCAACCAAUCUGAGUCAUUUUACACAGCGUGGGAAAGUUCUGAUUGGUAACUUGCAAGGCUCACAUAUGGUGUCUGGCACUUCCAUCAUAAAACAAAUGUUGGCAUCGCAAUGAUUUAUUUGAUCUUCACUCCAGCAUUGGGUGUCUGCCAGCAUGGAUUAAGAAUUUUGGAAUUUUGAGCCUUGCAAGUUACAAAUCAGAGCACUCUUAUUGGUUGGCUUAAACCAACCAAUUUGAGCACUCUGAGUCAAAUUGCAAGGUGUGGGAAGGCCCCGCGGAGCUCAGUCUGCACGGUGCCCUUGCUGGGUGAUGAUGGAUUAUUUUUUUAAAUUUUUUUUUAGGCAGCGGAUUUUUUUUUGUUUGUUUUUUUCUCGUCCCCCCCGGGCUGAAAAAAGGUUUUAACAAAAAAAAAAAAAAGACCUCAAAUGGUAAGUUUUUAAAAUUUAUUUACAGGUAUUUAGUUUUAUUGUCUCCCCUUCAUUAUUUUUAGGGUGAGGCGGGUAGGUAAGGCUUGAUUUCCAUUUUUAUUUUUUGGGGAGGGGUAUUUUUUACAUUUGGCCCCCACCCAUCGCCCAUGGGGGAGGGGGAGGACAAUAGGCCCUCCACUAUUGUCUUUUAGGGCCCCCACCCACGGCUCAUGGGUGGGGGCCGUGGGAGGUCCCUAUGUCCCCUGUUUAGUUGCAUAGUCCCCACUCACGGGGCACUGGUAAGGGCUAGGGGGUACACCAUGUCAUCCCCCCGCUAGUUAAUAGAUGCCCCGCCAUGGGGGUAUUUUUUUAUUUAGUAGACAAACUACUCGCUAUGCUGCGAGUAGGGGCAUUCAGGAGAUUUCAGUCUCCCUUAUGCUAAUAUAGGGGUCAUAUUGACCCCCCAUAGUGAGGUUGGACAUUGGGGGCCUAUGAAGUGGCGGGGAGCACAGCUUUGUGCCGCUUCUAUUUUUACAUAUUACAAGGAGAGAGCUGUGAACCAGUAUCUCCCUCCUUGUAAUAAACUGAACAAACGAACAACGAUGGUCUGUGUUUGUUCGUCUAAAAUUUCUAUUCAUUCCUUCGUCUUUCAGACAGUGUAAUAGAGCAGCAGGAAAUGCUAGCAGAAUGCUUGGUUGUAUAGGGAGAGGUAUUAGCAGUAGAAAGAGGGAAGUGCUCAUGCCUUUGUACAGAACAGUGGUGAGACCUCACUUGGAGUAUUGUACACAGUACUGGAGACCGUAUCUUCAGAAGGAUAUUGAUACCUUAGAGAGGGUUCAGAGAAGGGCUACUAAACUGGUUCAUGGAUUGCGGGAUAAAACUUACCAGGAAAGGUUAAAGGAUCUUAACAUGUAUAGCUUGGAGGAAAGACGAGACAGGGGGGAUAUGAUAGAAACAUUUAAAUAUAUAAAGGGAAUCAACACAGUAAAGGAGGAGACUAUAUUUAAAAGAAGAAAAACUACCACAACAAGAGGACAUAGUCUUAAAUUAGAGGGACAAAGGUUUAAACAUAAUAUCAGGAAGUAUUACUUAACUGAGAGGGUAGUGGAUGCAUGGAAUAGCCUUUCAGCUGAAGUGGUAGAUGUUAACACAGUAAAGGAGUUUAAGCAUAGGCAUAAGGCUAUCCUAACUAUAAGAUAAGGCUAGGGACUAAUGAAAGUAUUUAGAAAAUUGGGCAGACUUGAUGGGCCAAAUGGUUCUUAUCUGCUGUCACAUUCUAUGUUUCUGACGAAUUAAUGAAUAUACGAAAUUCCUGUCUGAUUUUCGGACAAUAGCGAAUGCACAAGUGUUUUUUUUUUUUUUUUUUUUUACUGGGCAUGAACAGGAAUUUCACAGUGCUAUCUAGUGUGGGCAGAUGACGUGUCCCACAGGGACUUCAUCUGCCCACACAAAGAUGGCGGCACCCAGGACCUAGGUCCAGUCAUAAAAUGUAGAUUUAAAAAAAAUAGGUAAUAUGGGGUGCUUAUGGGAAUUUGGGGUGACUAGGGGGGCAGUUAGAUGUAGUGGAGUCGGGAGGGGAGUUAAAAAAAAAAAUAAAAAAAAUAAAAAGGAAACCUGGAUUCGGCCAUGACCGUGCCGCUUCAAUUCAAAGCAACAGGGUAGCAAUAGACUACUAAUUUGAUUGCAUUGUUAAAGUGAAGAAUGUGCUUAACCUUGUUCUAGUAUUGUGCUAUUCAGUAAAAAUUGUUAUUAGUAAAUAAUGGUAAGAAUAUUCUGGCAACACAUCUGCUCUGUGGUUUUAUCUGUGUGUGUUUUACACACAGUGUGUCUGGUGUACAAACAAAUGGUCCAAGUACUGUGUGAUACAGUCUUUUAUCCUAUUUUAUUUUUUAAUUCUUGUUAGAAAUUUCCAUGCUUUACUAUAGUUAUGCUGUACAGCUUCCACUCAGAUUUAGUUUUGAACACAAAAGGUGCUGCAUACAAAAAAAAGUCUUCCAUAUUGUAUAUAUUUGUAAAACAUAGUACGUGUUUGUUGAAGCUGGGGAAACUUGAGUCACCUUUAGCUGUGGCUAGGUAUUGUGAAUGGUAAUCAUAGGCUUUGUAUGGCUUCUUGAAAACAUUAAUUUAAUAAAGAUCCCCUACAUAUCAUUCUUGUCUUGAUAUUUCACAAGAGGAAUUUGUUUUUAUUAUUAUUAUUAUUAUUAUUAUUAUUAUAUGAUCCUGCAGUGAGUUGUGGCCAUCUCCUUCACAUUGGAGCUGUCUCUCCUAGAUAUUUAAAUAUAUAUUAUAUUUGACUUGGCUAGCUCUUUCAGGGUUCAAAUUUGAUAAACUGGUUUGUUGAAGUGCAGACAGAUGACAGCAAGUUGGUGUUUGGUCUACCAAUGUUACCUGAGUAAAUGACUGUUUGAGACACUCUUUAACAGCUUUUCCUUUGACAACUAUUGCUGUUUCAUUCCUGUUUCUCCUGUAAGCCAUUGCCUUCUCCAUAUUGUCAAACCGAAACAUUGAUCUUCAAGGAACUGUUCUCCUUUACACUGUCCAUAUGACUUUAUCGAUUUCCUGACUAUUUUCAUACCCUAGGUUUAUUUCAGAAUACUAUAUAUUGCUCAUUGUGUUUUUGGUAGUUGUGUGUUUUUAUUUAAAUUUUUUUGUAACCUAUUGCAGAAUGUGUUUUAAUUCAGUUUGCAUCUCUAUCUACUCCAUUACUUGCUGGGUUAAACAUGCGGCAAACUCCUGUGUGGGAUUAAAGUUUAAUUAAAUGAACGCUCCAAACACUGUAUUAUAGCUUUCUGUAGUGGUUAUGGUGCUCUAGUGCAACACCCCCAUUGUAUGCUGUCAAAACAAACAAGAAAAAAGAAGGCCGUCUACAGGCAAUGGCUGUCUAAAAAAUAGACUAGACCACUUAGCCUGUAGAUGGUCACACCUUAUAAGACACUCCAGUUGUGUCUUGGGGCAUAACCCCUGAUUAGGAAAAUUAUAAGAUACUCAAAAUAACUAGUACCUGAGUAUCCACUGGAAUAAUGAAUAAUAAUGAUUCUAUAGAAAGUGAUAUAUAUAUUUAUUGAGAAAAUACAAUAGAAAAAUGUGUCAGGUGAAAGUAGAAAAUAACUGCCUAAUGGCAAAAAACUCCCUUCCUAAUGUCUCUAAAAGUAGAUACUGCAGUACACAGGUUUAGCACACUGUUUUUUCACAUUAUAGAUACUUUUUUGAUACAAUUUACUGAUUGAAUUAUUUUCAAUAGAUCCAACAUAUAGUAUCUAUUUAUACUUGUCUGCUUAUUCUGCCUCUAAUGUUCCAAUAUACUAGCAAUUUAGUAUUAUAUCUUAUAUAAUGCCAAAGCUUGAGACUUACUAGGUAAAAGCAAGUCCUUAAUGUCUCUUAUAUAUUCUUUGGAUGUAUUUAUACCAGCCUGCAGUCACAGAUAUUGACCUAUGAAGCAUUAUAUAUUAAAGUCUAAACCUGUGUACUGCAGUAUCUACUUUUAGAGACAUUAGGAAGGGAGUUUUUGGCCAUUAGGCAGUUAUUUUCUACUUUCACCUGACCCAUUUUUUCUAUUGUAUUUUCUCAUUAUAUAUAUCUCUAUAUCUCACUUUCUAUAGAAUCAUUAUUAUUCAUUAUUCCAGUGGAUACUCAGGUACUAGUUAUUUUGAGUAUCUUAUAGUUAUGCUGUCAAAACAUUUUUAGAACUGUGUGAGUUCUUACCUGUGGUCCAUUGCAGGUAUGCAAUGCAGAUCUUGCUCACUGGCUUAGAGCAUCAGCUGAGUUCUCUCAACCAAUGUGCUAUGCCACGCACUACUGAGCUUAGAGCAUCUGGCUCUUAAUAGCAAGUAGUGGAGGUUGGAAGUGGUGUACAGCAGAGUCCAGGUAAGAAAGCAAACCUUUGAAAAAACUUCAAUUUCUUAAAAUGAGGGGUGCCAGGGUGUUCUUGGCACUAUAAUCAUUAUAGUGUGUUGUAGCGGACAUGGUGCUCGGAGUGUUCCUAUUAACUUUGAUCUUACAACACAGUGUUUACACUAAUGCAGUAAGAAGUUCUAAAGUGUGACCAGCACUGUAUAGACAGAAAAAAAAUGUGGUUUGACUCCUAAAUGGCAGAGGAUUGAGCAGUGAGAGUGCAGGGGCAUCAUCUAUACACCAAAACUGCUUCCUUGAACUAUAGUUGCUUUUAUGCCUAGAGUAUGACUAUAAAGAUAGUUUUUGCUUUAUGCAAUUGACACAAUGCCAGAAACUAAAAUCAUAAAUGUGUGUGUGCAUGCAUAUAUCUUUCUCUCUAAAUGUCUAUCUUUCAUUUAAAUUUUUUUUUUCUUCUGCUUCAGGAACCUUCCCCAUAGAUUUAACGAAAACUCGUCUCCAGGUGCAGGGUCAGACUAAUGAUGUAAAAUACAAAGAAAUCCGCUACAGAGGAAUGCUCCAUGCACUUGCAAGAAUAUGUAGGGAGGAGGGAUUGAAAGCGCUAUAUUCUGGGUAAGUACAGCACAGAACUAAAGAUGGGGGUGGAAAGGGGUCUGGCACAUCCAUCUUAAAACAAAUUUUGGCAUCACAAUGAUUUACUUGAUCUUCACCCCCAGGGUUGGCUUUUUCUAUUUUAUGCAAGUGGUGAAUUUCAAAUUUAAAGGAACACACCAGCUGGGGGAAAAUACAAUUUCUAUCAAUCUAUAGGUGUCUUAUUAGCUUAUAUUAAAAUUGGCUAACUUGGACUCAGGAAAUGCUUAAAAUUACACUUAAAACCAUAUCUGUCUAAUUCCGAGAGCAGAUAGCCCCCACCUGAGCUGUUUCUCCUAAAUCCGUCUGUUCCUUCUCUUUCCUGGAACUUAUCUGUUAUAUGUACAUGACAUUCAUCCCUAUGUCUUAUAUGUACUCCCCUCCUACUACUGUUCUAUUAGUAUUUGCACGUAAGCACUUCCGUUUUAAUGUAUAAAAACACAACUGACAAAAUAAAGGUUGGCGGCUUAUUUUUAAUUCACACUUCUCCAGGUGCGCUUGAAAACAAUUUGGGUUCCCCCAAAUAUAACGAAGAUCAAACUGGAUCUAUAUCACUUCCCAAUGCAGUUCAUUGAGAAGUCUUUGCAUGGCAAGUGUUCUGGGCAUUUAUCUGCUUCUUACGUUUAGCACCACUGAGCUCAACAACCAGAAAGUAACAUGUCCUGUUGCCUGAUUGACAGCAGUAUGGGUAUGACAAGGUUAAUUUAAAUUGAAUUUCUACUGAAAUCUGCACUUUUUGUGAAAUUGGGGAGUAAUAAAGUUUGAAUUCUGCUAAAGAUGCUUGAUAGCCCCCUGUUGUUGUUUAUUUACCUUUCAUAUGUUACUGCCAGUUCUGUGCUUUCACAAGCGUCAGACAUGAGUUACACUGUGCUUGUGCUGAUGUUAAAUUGAUUCCUUAUGGUAUACUGUUCAUAUUGUUGUUUUCUGUUUCUUUGCACGGCAUAGUUAUUUACUAUGUAUACUGCUACAUCGAGACUAUGGUGGAACAGACUGGGUUUUUGCAUAUGCUACAAAAUAAUCCACAGACAAGACUCAAUAUUUAUAGCUUUUAAUUCAUUGCAAAGUUGUUGGUGCAUUGAUCACCCACCCAGCUGUGCAAAUAGUAUAAAACUGCAGAACCUUAAAACAAACUCAAGAUUGUCAAAAAAAACCACUGUAGAACUUUGUAAAGUCAAGAGCUAUCAAUCAGGCAUCCACAAUCAAGGGUUUUUGGUUGCUUGUGAUCAUUUUGACGAAGCUUUUUGUGUGUAGUGUCUGCAUGCCACACAUGGCUUGCCUUUCUCUUUCCAGGAAAGUGCGACAAGCCACGGACGUCGGCUUUGGCAAGAGCUUAACAUAAUCCAGUUCAUUAAAAAGGAAUUGUGCUAUGUGUAAACAGAUAACCCCUGCAGUUUUCUCAUAUACUAAAUAUCACUGGGUCAGACAAACAAAAGAAGUCCAUUAACAAAUUGGCCACUGAUGACCAGUUAUAAGAGCUUAACCCUCAUCAUGCAGGGCAAACAUCUCUACCUACAAAUUGAACAAUUUCACCUUUAUCUCAAAACACAGAUGUUUGGUGGUAUGAGUGAGGUUUGUUGGGUUAAUAUGAAGGAAUCUGAUUGCCUCCCUGGUAUAGGAUUCAGAAGAACAGCUUUACUUAAACCCAGUUUUAAAUGCUGCACACGAGGUAUCUCAGUUGAGAAAGUUCAAAUAUUUGGGUACAUUUGAUAAAGCACAUUGAUCUAGUUUGUGUGCUGUUGCCUCUUUUUUUGUGCAGUCAUGUUUUUUUGAAGGAUUUGUUGCUGUCAGUAGGGGAAAACCUGUAACUUGGGGAAAAGUGUCAUUGCGGAAGACUAGUAAAAAAAAAAAAAAAAAAAGUGUUAUUUAUAACUGGACUUUCUAAAGAGCCAACAUAUUCCGCAGCGCUGUACAAUUGUGAAAAACACAAUUUAAAUAGACUGAUACAAAAGGUCAGGGCCUUAAAUAGACUGAUACAAAAGGGCAAGCGGUGGAGGGGAGGCAGGGGGAGUGAAGAUGGCAAAACAGAAUUUGUUUUCAAUUGUAUACAACAAACUAAUAUCAUCCAAAAUAGUAAUAACGUGGAGUACAAACUAUUACAGUAGUAAACUAUAGGUAAAAAUAGUAGCAUUGCUAUAGUAAAUUAAUAAUGUCGUAAGAAAAGGGAAAUAAAUCCGAUGGAGUGUCUUCUGAAUCUCACUCUGUACUUUAACCCCUUAACACCGUUACGGCGUCCUAUGCCGUCCCGCAUUUAAAGGGCUUUAAAGCCGUUGCGGCGGCAUAGAACGCCGUAACAGCUUUCUGCCCCUGGAGGUCCGGUGGACUUACCUCCGCUGCGAUCCUCUUCUGGAGGGCUGCCUGACGGCCUAGGCAGCCCUACCCCGGCAAAUGAGGCCCCCGGGUGCCAUGUGAUCGCUCUCAAAGAGCAAUCACAUGGCCCCCUAUAGCUGGCUGUGGAUCUGCCAGCAGGGGGACUGUCUGAAAUGACACAGUCCCCCUCCUGGUGGGAAGUAUUAAAAAAAAUAAAAAAAUACACAUGCUAAAAUAAAUUAAGUGUGUGUGUGUAUGUUUGUAUGUAUGUAUGUAUAUGUGUGUGUGUGUAUAUGUAACAUCAUACAAAGUGUAUUUUAAUAAUAUAAGUACAUAUAUUAGUAUUAAAAUACACUUUGUAUGAUGUUACAUAUAUAUAGUGUGUGUGUGUGUGUGUAUAUAUAUUUAUUUAUGUGUGUAUAAUAAAUAAAAUAAAAUAUUGAAACAAAAUUUAAUAUAAAUUAUAUAUUCGAAUGUAAUUUCAUUCUAACUGUAUUUUGUUAUUAAUAUAUAUUGGUAACAAAAUACACUUAGAAUGAAAUAAAUGUGUGUGUGUGUGUGUGUGUGUGUGUAUAUAAUUACAAAUAACCGCAAAAAAAAAAAAUGUGUGUGUGUAUGUGUGUAUGUAUAUGUGUGUGUGUGUGUGUGUGUAUAUAUAUAUAUAUAUAUAUAUAUAUAUAUAUAUAUAUAUAUAUAUAUAUAUAUAUAUAUAUAUAUAUAUAUAUAUAUAUGUAUGUAUGUAUGUAUAUAUAUAUAUUCUACGUGUAUAUUUAAGUAAUCUUUUAACAUAAUUAUGUGAUUUGAUUAAUUAAAAUUUGAUUGACAUGUUUGACAACACAGGGAGAAAGUGCAGAGAAUUUAAUUCGCAAGCACUAUAUUUGACCCUGUAACUCUCCAAGACACCAUAAAACCUGUACAUAGGGGGUACUGUUUUACUCAGGAGACUUCGCUGAACUCAAAUAUUAGUGUUUCAAACUGGUAAAUUGUAUUACAACGAUGAUAUUUUAAGUAAAAGUGAUGUUUUUAACAUUUUUUACAAACGAACUGCACUUUUAUGGACUAUAUUAUUGUUGUAGUAUGUUUUACUGUUUUAAAACACUAAUAUUAUUUUUAUUUUUUGCUUUUUUCGCACAAAAACAAAUAUGAACGCCAACUUUGGCCAGUGUUUGUGACUAAGUGGCUACUAAAAAAGACUAAACAUACCCCACUUUCAAUACCUUGGGUUGUCUACUUUUUCAAAUGGUAUGCCAUUAUGGGGGUAAUUCUCAUUCCUGGGCUACCACACCGUCUCAAAAGUAACAUUACUAAUCUGGCAAAUUUCAAUGUGUAAAUGGAACGUUCUAUGUUUGACCCUGUAACUUUCCCAAACACCAUAAAACCUGUUAAUGGGUAGUGAUGUCACGAACCGUUCGCGAACUUCCUGCGAACGGCUCGCUGCGGUUCCACGGCGAACUCCGGUCAGCUGACACAUCCCGGCCAAUCUCCAGCAGACCCUCCCACCUCCUGGACAGCAUCUAUGUUGAAGGCAGCUUCCGCGGCGAGCCGUUCGCGGGAAGUUCGCGAACGGUUCGCGACAUCACUAUUAAUGGGGGGUACUGUUGUACUCGUGAGACAUCGCUGAUUACAAAUAUGUGCAUUUUUUUGCAGUAAAACCUAACAGUAUUAUGACAUUCACAGCUAAAAUGUCAGACGAAAAUACAAAUUAAAAAAAAAUCUUAUUUUCUCACAUUUUUUUUAAUAUCAUAAUAAAUUAUGUUCCAUAAAUGAAUAGUUAAUGAUAAAUUUAAGCCGUUUCUCCUGAACAAAAUGAUAUAUAAUAAGUGUGGGUGCACUUAAUGUGACAGCGGUGAAUUACGGUUGAACAGAAAUAUAGCGCAAAAUCCACUUUUUGUUUACGUUUUGUUUUGAUCAGAACGUGCACUAUUGACUCCGUCCUGAAGGGGUUAAAGUUGCAGUGUAGAAAUAGAGUGGAUUUGUUGCAGAUGGAUUGUGGAAUUGGGCAGGGGAAGCAGUGGUGAACCUUUUAAUCUUUGUAUUGUAUAGGUCACUGGACUAACUGUGCUUUCCAAAAUUUUACAAAUAUUUUUUUAAAUAGAUUUCCUGCAAUUUAUGUAUUUUUGUUUUUACAGGAUUGCGCCAGCAAUGCUUCGCCAGGCUUCUUAUGGCACCAUUAAAAUUGGAACCUACCAGAGCUUAAAGAGAUUAUUUGUUGAUCGUCCAGAAGGUGAGUAGUGACUUCAAAAAGCAAGUACCUCUAGAGUUAUAGUUAUACAAGUUCCUACUGGCCAUUUGCAGAUUUGUGCCACUGCAUGUGUACAGUAAACACAUAGUUACAUCUAUUUACUUAUAAUUAUAAAUUUGAAAAAAAAAUUCUAUUUAUUUUGCCAAAGCAAAAUUUCCAGCUUUGGUUAGGGUUCUCUUUAUACCUUUUUAUACAAACAAUGUACAUGUAUUAACGUCUGCUAGUUGAUGAUGUGUGGAUUGCCUUAGUUCCUAUAAUGACUUUCAUUGAUUCCCCGAACUGUAAAACUAAAAUGUAAAUUAAAGCUGUCCUUUUUUGUUUUUUGUACUGUUUAGAUGAAACACUAGUUCUGAAUGUAUUUUGUGGAGUUCUGUCUGGUGUGGUUUCUUCUUGCAUUGCCAACCCCACAGAUGUUUUAAAGGUAAUAUUCAUGAUUGUUAAAUGGUUGUUUUGUUAAACAGAAUUCUGGGGGGUUUUAUGGUGAGAUUAUUCCCAUAACUUGUAAUUAGAAGACUAGGAAACUCCUGCUGCUGGGAGAUUAAUCAUUCAAAUAGCCUUACUAAAGGAUUUAGUUUUGGUUUUUACUUCUUCCUCCUCUCUCUCCUGGGUGCAGAUUUGUUUCCAUCUAGUAGGGCUUGUGCUUUCUGCCAAAGAAGUUGCCCGACAGUCAUCUGGUCACUUUUGUUUGCACGCAGUUCACACAGUGAAGCCCCUGCACAUGAUGUGUUUUCCAGAAAUGGUACACCAGAGAUGAGGGCUAGGUGAAUGAGGAUGCACACACUGAGAUUGUUUAGUAGCAAAAAUAGAUACUGUUGACCGAUAGCUAUUUGGUAGCAGUCUCUCUUCAGUUUUAAUAGUUGGUACUACUGAAGUUAUCCUUAUUGACCAGUGCUAUUUAACAAGUUUGUUUAAUCCAGCAGUUUACGAUGUAUACAUUUACUUUAGCUUGAACAGGUGUCCACUUAUAUUUGCAUGAUGGCGUUUUUCUUUUGCUUGUUUACCGUGGCAGUUUGCGUAGAUUUGUGUAAGAAUGACAUCACGCAAAAUAUAGCCAUCAUUUUUGUUUUUUUAUUAUUAUAAGUGAAUUAAAUGCACUAGUUAGAAGUUCCAUACACUCUAGAUUGUGAGAUUAUUACAAAGGUCCCAAUCAGCUAAUGUCUUGUAAUUGCUGGUUGCAGUGGCGGCUUUAGACUUUGUGAGGCCUUAGGCGAAAUUCAUACAUUAGGCCCCCACUAACACUCAUAGUAAAAAAAUAAUAAAAAAAAUAAAUAAUAUAUAUAUAUAUAUAUAUAUAUAUAUAUAUAUAUAUAUAUAUAUAUAAUAUGUGUUGCAUUGUGUGUGUAUAAUGAGCUGUAGGUAUAUUGAAAGGCUGGCUUGCGGCGCUGGAUUUUUCAGAGGCUUGCAUUGUCGCGGCUCCCUGUGCCGCUCUGUUGUGAACUCUCUGACUGUAGUUAUGGUAUUUUAGGGAUGCACCGAAAUGAAAAUUCUGGGCCAAAACCGAAAAAUCGGGAUGCCUUGUCCGAAAACAGAAACCGAAAAUGAAAUUUUUCCCCAAAUGAUUUUAAAAGUUUUUUUUUUGUUUUGUUUUUUUUUCCCUAUAAUUUUAUUAGACUUUUAAAUGAAUUUAAUCUAAUAUGAAAAACUUCCCUUAUCCCUUCUCUUUUAGUGGUCCCCUCCGCUUAAAGGAUCACUAUAGUGUCAGGAAAACAAAACCGUUUUCCUGUCACUAUAGUGCCCUGAGGGUGCCCCAAUAUGCCUCCAGCGUUGCAGAUGCGCCACCAGAGGUUGGCUUAACCCUGCAAUGUAAACAUAGCAGUUUCUCUGAAACUGCUAUGUUUGCAUCUGAAGGGUUAAAACCUGAGGGAUAUUGCACCCAGACCACUUCAUUGAGCUGAAGUGGUCUGGGUGACUAUAGUGUCCCAUUAAUGUUCCUCUCCUCCUCCUCCCCUGUCCCAUAGUGUUCUUUUCUCUCCCCUCCCUCCCCUGCCCCAUGGUGUUCUUUUCUCUCCCCCCAGCCCCCCUUCCCUGCACCCCUUUCUGCACCCAGACCACUUCAUUGAGCUGAAGUGGUCUGGCUACUAUAGUAUCCCUUUAAUGUUCCCUCCCCGCCCCAUAGUGUUCUUUUCUCCCCCCACCCUUCCCUGCCCCAUAGUGUUCUUUUCUUCCCUCUCCUGUCCCAGUGUUUUCUCCGCUCCCCUGUCCCAUAGUGUUCUUCCCUCCCACCCUGUCCCAAGUGCAGUAUUCUUGACUUUUCAUGUUAUUAUUAGUGUUAUUUCAGUUAUUUGACCUUUGUCUUAUAUUAUCUUCAAAGAGAAAAGUCAAUUAAGUGCUCUCCCUGUGCGGCUGCCGUUCGUAUAGUGGUACGCCACGUGCAGCAGAAAACGGCGACCAUUUUGUUCGUACUAAAGGAGGCAGUGGGACUUGGUCAUCGAGUGUCUGGAACUAAAACUUCCUUAAUUUUGGUCAAACUAUACAAACGCCUGCUUCCUUUUCCCGAACAGCCAGGAGAGAGCUGUUCAGUAGUUUUAUUCCCAUGAACCAGGGGAACAAUCGCUGCUAUGAGCUAGAGGGUGCCAUUCGUGCAUUUAUUUGUUUUUGUGACUUUUUGAAAUCGGAGCCUCAUGUGUGGUCAGUCAAAAUUGGACCUCCAUAAAAUUCCAAAACCCCUGAACUGAUCUGGGUGAUUUUUGGAUAUGUUGGUCACCCAGAUCAGGGCUAUCAGGGGAUGUAACAUUUAUGGGGAUUUUAUGUGUUUUGGGGUACUUUUCAAGUUUAAUGAAAAAUGAGUUUUUUCUGCCUGGAGAUAAUUGAGUUAUUACAGUAUCUGACUCAAUUAUCUCACAGGCAGAGAGGAGGGAAUUAUCUGUUUAUAUUGGGAAUGUCACAGUUUGGCACUGUACUAUUAUUGGCUGUAAGCAUUGUGUCCCUGUCCCCCACAAGGUCCAUGUGGGAGUACCCCUUGCAUGAGGACUUGCAUAAAAGCCAGUGUGACACCCAUUAAAAUCAUUCCUGUUACACCCUUCAUCUAGAUUCGUCUGAUGUUUGGGUUCCUGUCUACUUUACUGGGAGAAUACAGUUGGGAAACUGUCAUUUGUAUGGAGAAUCGUUCGACUCCGCACCCAAACUAUAAUCACUCAGGCUCAGGCAGUUCGGGAGCAAAUAGACUAACGGGUAGCUGCUAUACCAGCAUUCGUUACAAUUAUCAUCUGAAUUGUUAAUGCAAGCAUGUCUGUUAAACUAUGCACUACAAAAAUAAAAAAAAAUUUGACCCGUUUUUGGCCGAAACAGGAUAGGCCCAUUUUCGGCCGAAAUUUCGGUGAAUCCCUACAUAAUUUGCAAACUAAAUUAAUUUGCAGUAAUGCUGAUCGUUUAUACAUGAUGGCCAUGUAUGGUUGUAUAGGCUGGCAGUCAUGAAUACAGAAGUGCUGGUGUAGAGGUGUUCUUGCAAACAGAAAUUACAAUUUUGAUUGGGUGAAAAAAAUCACCUACAGAAUAAUAAAGUUACAGAUAAGAAAACUGUCACAUAGACCUUUCCCCCACACAUUCUGUAAUCCCUUAACAUCUAUAUUAUCCCAUAUGUUCUUUACAUGUGUCUCCAUGUUUUGGAUAUGUAUGUAUAUAAUAUAUAUUAUAUAUCUUGCCACAUUACCUUUGCUUUGCCGUACCAUGCCACCCUCACAUUGCAACCAUACACGUAUGUGCCUGAGAAUGUCAGACAGUGAGAAUCCAUAUUUGUGAAUGUAUGUCUCUGUGAGCAUGUGUAUGUUUGUUUAUGGAACUGUAUGUGUAUUGGGUAGCUGACUGUUGUGUGUUUGGGGCUGCCUGUGACCAUGAUUGUGUGUAUGAUAAAUGUAUUCAGGGUGCGCAAAGGGGUAACUGUGGCAGGGUGAAGGGAUUAAUGAGACCGGGUUGAGGGAGGGUGUGUGACAGGGUUGAGGGAGUGAGAAAGACAGGGUUGAGGGAGGGAGUGUGACAUGAUUAGAGGUGUUAAUGUGACAGGAUGAGUGUGGCAUGGUUGAAGGAGGGAGUGUGACAGGGCGAGGGGAGGUGAGAGUGACAGGAUUAGAGAGGGUGAGUGUGGAAUGGUUUGGGCAUGAAAAGUGGCAGGACUGGAGGGGUUAAUGUGGGGGUUGACUUUGUGUGUGGAAUUGUGACAGUAGGUAGGUGAGAAUGUGUUGGGAGGUGUGACUAUGUAUCAGUGACCGUGUUGGGGACUGAUCAUGUGGAAGGGUGACACUGUGGAGGAAGAUGAGUUUGGGGGGCAGUGUGGGGUGACAGGGUGGAGGAUGGUGACUGUGUGGGGAGGCAGGGUGUGGGACAGUGGGGAGGGGAAAAGUGUGUGUGUGUGAAGGGAUGAGUGACAGUGUGGGGGGGGAAGUUUUUUUUUGUAAAUCUUUUUAUUGAGUAGAAUGCAUAGUCAACAACAGUAACAAAGCAAGACACGCAGGUCUAUGUGUAUACAUAAAACAUUUCAAAUCGAGCAUAAGUAUAUUAAAACUAGGUUAUCGAUAUUAAGUUGGUCCUGAUAGAAACUAUAUUUGCCAAUAGGGAGACUAAACCCAUCCACCCGUUAGUUUAAAUGCAGCAGGCCAAUAUUGAUGAACAUGGAAGACCUUGUUCACUAGACUACUUCUCUUGUUAUAUUCAUGGUAGGUGAGUAACGGGCAUAGAGUAUUUCCAGAAUUACUUCUGCCGUGCCCAACCUGUUAUAUAAAGUUGUUAUAGAGAACACCUAAAUUUAUUUCUCAUCUCUCAGAUGAGGUAUUCGUUAUGAGGCCAGUUAGCCUUAAUGAUACCUGCGCUUAACUCUAAGUGCGGUGGGGGGGGAAGUUUUAUGACCGUGUUUGGGUAUGGUAUGUGGGGGGCAAGGAGUGUGGAGGCUGUGACAAGCCUCAGCACAGUGGAAUACCUUUUUUUAUGCAAGUUCCUGGUGGUCCAGUUGUGGCAGUCCCUAGUGGUCCAGUGGGAUAACUAUCCUGUCUGCAGCUCUGCCACGCACAGAGCUGGAGACCUCGUUCUCACAAGCUCCAGUCAGAGCGCGCGACAUCACUCUGUGAGCUCGCGAGAAACACACCAUGUGAUCUGCACCCGGCGGAGCUGCAGAUCUAAGGCUCGGCUCUCUAUGGGCAGACCAUAGAGAGGGGCCCUGCAUCCGGCGGCAUACUGGGUAAGCCCUGACUGAGGACCCGACAGUUCAGUCUGCUCUAAGGUGAUUUAGGCGGCCGCAAGGCCUUAAAUCGCCUAAUUAAAGCGCCGCCUCUGGAUGGUUGUAUAUACAUACAUAUCUGUGAUUUGCAAACCUAACUUUGCGUUUAAAUUGAUAUGUAAAAAAUCUGGACAUUUUGUAAACCAUUUAUAUUAACGUGCUUGGUGUUGUGCUCUGAUGCAUAAAGGACAUGGAAUAUAAAGGGUACUUACUAUUUCACAAAAAAAUGCAUUACAUAGAUAUUUUACUGUUUAUUUUGAUACUUUUGACCUACUUUGGACAAAAAUGCAGAUUUGUUUUAGUGGACACAAAACCUAUAUUAAUAACCAGGUCCGGUCAGGCAAAUUAUACAAUUGUAAUCCUAUACUAAUAAACACGUGUUUCAAUCCAAAGUCCUACUUUGUUCAAUGUGCUAUUUGCCUGCUUGUUUAUGUAGUGAUUUUGGUGCAAAUAGCAUGUCCCUGCAGGCAGAGCAAAAGUAGUGUUUAUAUUGCUGCCUAUGGCCACCUCCAACUAGCAGAGGUGGGAUGACCAUACCAAAAUCAGAGCAUGAAGGGGAUAUAAGGUAAAGAGGUUGUGUUUGGUUUUUUUUUUUUUGGUUUCUGGAUGUCCAAUAAUCUAGGUAUUGUAACAUUAUAGUGUUAGGAACUUUUUUCAACACUUUUUAAUUAAAAAAGCACCAACAUAUUCUACAAAGUGUUGUUUUUUUUUUGUUUUUUUUUUCAUAAAACUGGGGGAAAAAAACACAAAAAACAUACAUUUAAAAUGCUGGAUUUUAUAUGCCUCAUUUUAAUAUACUUAAUGAACAUAUAUAUAGAUUCAAUCAGUUUCUCACUUUUGUCAUUUUGAUUUGAACUAUGUUUUGUUUGCUUCCAGCUGGAACAUGUGACAGCCAUGUGGAAGUGAUCAGUUUGUUCUUUGCAAACUCAAAGCACAGGGAGAUCUGAUGUAACAUGUUCCAUGCAAGUAGAUGGAUGUACAGUAUAUUGAUUGAUUUUUUUUUUUUUUUAUGUGGGUGAUAGGGCAUAGGAAUUAGCCAUACCAAAGCAGGGGAACACCAUGUACAAAACUAUUUGUGCUCAGUUUCCUAUAUUCUCAAGAUAGCCGUGUACGUUGAGCAGACAGCCUGACUGUAAUGUGAGCGCAUAACUUUCUGAGAAUAGUAACUUGACAUACUGAUCCUGAUUAACCUUUUCGGUGGACCUUGUUCUUGAUUAACCAUUCCCAGUGUAUAAUAAAAGUUGUGUUAAAUGGCGUGUUUUGAGCCUUUAAUGAAUAGGAAAUCACUUUUUGAGUUUAAUAAAAUGUUGCUUACAUUUGUGUUUUUAAUCUAUAGAUAAGAAUGCAAGCCCAGGGCAGCCUUAUCCAGGGAGGAAUGAUUGGAAACUUCAUCAGUAUCUACCAGCAAGAAGGAACUAGAGGAUUAUGGAAGGCAAGUGAACAAGACCUGUUUUUAUAAACAAACCAACUUUACUCUUAAUGUAACAGUCAUGGCCUUAAAGAGGAAGUGUCACUUCCAGACAGGUGACAGUUCCUCGUUCCUUCACCUCAUUAAACUCUAUUGCAGUUAUGCCUGUUUUGAAAUACUUUACUAAUUUAGAUAUAGAAUCUCCAUAGACCUCAAUGCUGUACUCUCACACAUGCACAAGAGUACAGCAGUGACGUUGUCUCCGGGUGCUGAAGCACCAGCAUCUGGAGCAGAUGGAGGAAGAUGGCAGCUCCCGUGAAGGACCGGUUCAAGUAACUCUCACCUCAACCUGCCUCAGCCACUAGGCCACCAGCGACAAUGUCAAAGUCAGGGGUCCUACGGUGAUGCAAUAAUUAUCAGAUUACUAUAACAUAUCUGUGUAGUCCCAGGCUGAUUUAUAUGUUUCUUUUAUCAGUCAUAUCAACUUUACUAUGCACCUGUUCACAAAUAACGCUUUCAGCCUAUCACUGGCUUCGGAGGUAUCGACCUUAGCACAGGGGCCAGAGGAGGCAAUGGGGCUGAGCUUAUGAGCACUAUCAACAAGACUUUGGGGUUAAACAUUAAAAAACUGUUUAACCCCAUAAGGUGAGACAGUGCCUAGAGUGGUGCUAAAAUACACUUUUACAAAAUAGAGCAUUUUAUGGGGUGAUUUUAAAAAACAAUUAUUAAAUGUAUUUAUUUUAUUUUCAGUGGUUUAAUAUCCAAAUAAGUGACAUAUCAGCUUUAACACUUAGUACCAGCAGUUUGUUAAACAACUUUGUAUUGCCUUUCAGGGGGUUUCACUCACUGCACAAAGAGCAGCUAUUGUGGUUGGUGUGGAGUUGCCGGUGUAUGACAUCACUAAGAAACAUCUGAUCUUGUCUGGGCUGAUGGGAGACACCAUCUAUACUCACUUUCUGUAGGUCAUAUAGAAGUCUGUUUUCCAAAUUCAACAAAUGCAUUUCUGUUCUUCUAUUUAUUAAUAGUUUACAUUAAACUGUGAUGUAGCAGACCAAAGCCCUAGCUAAUAACAUCUAUCCUUAUCUCCAUGGAUUCAAAAGUUUGCAACUUUUUAAAUAACUUUUGUAUAACUUGGGAUUUGGUGAUUAGUGUUGUUGGUUGCUGCACUAGAGUGUGGGAUAAUGGUAGUUUGUUUUGUUUUUUGGAUUUGUUUUUUUUUAUUAAAAAAAAAUAAAUUAUUACAAAUAUUAGAACAAUUACAAUUAUUUCACACAAACCUUGUUAUUGAGGCUCUGCUUUAAACUGAAGGAUCAUAUGAGUCUUCACCCGCCCUAGAUAAUUUGCAAAAGUUGUGUUUUUUAUAUAAUCCUCUAAAGCGGUUAUCAAACUAAAUGUAAAGAAAACUUGCCUGUGUCCCAUGCACCCCACAAAGUUCAACAGAUACUAAUUUGUGUGCUUUUCCAAAGUUCAUACACCAUGCCAAUAUCACUUUUUUAAAAGUUCUGCCCAAAUUAAACUCUUGAUCCCUUCUUAGUCAGUUGGGGUUUGCUAAAGACAAAUAGGUGUAAGCUUUGAGAAUUCAUUUUGCCAAGCACUCAUCUUCUUAUGGUGCUUUGUGUGUUAGAAACCAUCAGUAAUCCAGAAUGGGUAUAUAGCCAAGAUUGCAAAAUAAGAAUAUUUGGAUUUGGUUGCUGCAAGAAGACUUGGCUGAGUGAGUAAUUCCAUUAUAAAUCUAAUCCUCUCGUGUAGGUCCAGUUUUACUUGUGGGUUAGCAGGAGCUCUUGCUUCAAAUCCUGUUGAUGUUGUAAGAACUAGAAUGAUGAACCAGAAAGUGGUAUGUGAUGCUGCCUCAAGUUACAAGGGCACCCUGGAUUGUUUAUUGCAGGUAUGUCAUAUGUAUAUUUGCCUUGGAAAGAUAUUUAAAGAAAUAUAUUAAAACAAACUAAACAAACUCUAUCCUAGACCUUUUUGUAAGAGCUGCAAAAAUGUGUAUUAACAUGCCACAUUGGUUGUGUGGGUUGGUUGGUUGUUUUUUGGGGGUAGGAGGUUAAAACAAAAUAAGUUGAUUGAAUUAUUGUAAACCUCUGUGACCCCAGUAAGUGCAGGCAUUUGCAGUGUUGAUUUACGCUUUUCAGAAGGAGAUCCUAUCCUCCCAACCAGGUUAUUCUUUUGAGAUUUUGUACAAAUGAUUGAUUCAGGGCACACACCUGUAUUAUCCAGGGUAUAAUUAAUUAUGGUGGAAAGUGAGCUAAAAAUAACAGCUCAGCGUAAUCUUUGCAUUUAAAUAUCCACAGAUUUAAGCAGUUGGUCUCUGAUGUGAAUCUACCAACAUUGGUGGUGAUUCUUCAGAGCACUGAAAAUAAAUGUCUGCCUAAGAUAUGGAUCAAUCUGCACUUCUGUGUUAUAAAGUAAUUUUUAUUUUGUUAAAAGGUAUGACUACAGUAAUAAAAUUAAUCCAUAUAUUUAGUAAAAUCAAAUUAUUCUUGUGUCCAUGUAAUGAACUAGAACAUACUCAUUCUGUGUGUGUGUGUAUGUGUAUAUAUAUAUAUAUAUAUUUUUUGUUAUUUUUUUUUUUUUUUUUAAUGUAUUGCUUUCUUUGCAGACUUGGAAGAAUGAAGGGUUUUCUGCUUUGUACAAAGGAUUUUGGCCAAACUGGUUAAGACUUGGACCAUGGAAUAUCAUUGUAUCCUUUCUGAAAUUCCUAAGUAACUUUUUCUAAACUGCUAAGUUCCAUUAACAGCCUUUCCUUGUUUCUACUUGGUACAUGGAUUUUUCUUCUUGCACUCUGUUUAGUAUAAACACAAGUAGGGAUCGACUGAUUAUCAGUUUUGCUGAUAUUCCGGGUUUUUAAAAAUGUCGGUAUCUGCCUAAAUCUUGCCGAUAAUGAGGUGGUCUAGCGUGCGACCAAUUUGUCCUCUCUCCAAGUCUCGCGAUUCACGCCCUGGCCAUCAAAGCAUUCACGCCGGUUAUCGCGGCAAAACUCAGUGCGGCAAAACCAGGCACACAAAUCGCAAGACUUUGAGAGGCGCUGAAGUAGUGCUGUCUGACUUAUACUUUCUAUUUGUGCCAUGUUGCGUCUGAGCUUGUUGAGAACGCCCCUCAAGGUGCUCCACGUCACUAGAUUGUGCCCAGCAUUAGUGAGAGGUGGGGGAUUAUGCCCUUUCACCAUCUGCCUGUCUGCAGUCUCUGUGUCUGUGAGGGAGAAGACACAGCAGGUGAAGCCAUGACAGGAAGCUGCAAAGGUGAUGCCACAAGCUAGAAGUUGUUAAGCAUGCUAAUAACAUAAUAUGCCCUUAGGGUACAGGAUUUUACCACAGAGUAGAUGAUAAACGCUCACAAGAUAUAAAAAGGUUAUGACUCACUUUAAAAGCCUUCAAGCUAUUUGAGCAACCCCAAAAAAGCCCAUGGUAAAUGUACAGAAUAUCGCUAUCUGCCUGAAAGUUAACAGAUUAUCGGUAUCAAAAAAAUUAAAUAAAAAAAGAUCCCAACUUACAGGUGAAAAAUACCCUCUGGUUUUGCAUAUAGUGUAAUAUAGUAUAAAACCCCAAUCUCUAGUAAAUAAGUAAUUCACUUACUAUCAGGUUAUAUAAAGCAGACCUUUCUUCCAGUUCACUUUACAGUAUAUGGAAUACAAAGCUGUAUUCUUAACACUGAAGUGUCCCUCACUCCCCGCACUGUUAAUAAAAACCCUUUCAUUCACUUACCUGAUUCCACUCUAUAGGCACCCAGACCACUUCAUCUCAUUUAAGUGGUUUGGGUGCAGUGUCCCCUUAGCCCUACAAUAUUGCACUCCUCCUCCGCUGACAUCUCCCCCGGGAACCUAAUGCGCAUGCGCGGCGGGCACUCCAUGCACAUUAUGACUUUUCCAUAGGAUCAUUGAGUCGCUUUCCCCGUUUUCUAUGGGAUUUUGCAUGACGCUGAAUGUCCUCAUGCAUGACAUCUGUUUUACAGAGCAGGCCUUUUAACCCCUUAAGGACACAUGACAUGUGACAUGUCAUGGUUCCCUUUUAUUCCAGAAGUUUGGUCCUUAAGGGGUUAAAUAGGUAUAUUCUCUUCACAGAAUAUUCUAAGGUGAAUUUAUCUCAUGCAACAAAUAGUAUAGUAUACAAUAUAUCUGUUUAAUAUGACAAAAUUCACUCAAGCAUAUCACUACAUACGGGUUUCCACAUUCCUGGUGUACAGUCAUUGGAUAUAGUUUAACUUAAAAAGAUGGGAUAUAAAACUUAAAGAAAAAAAUAAAAUGAACAAAAAUCCCUAUGGGUUUCAUCCUGGACUUCUUCAGGGUUAUGUCGUUUGUAAUGGAUUCUCAUCUCUCUGUAAAUUACCUUUUAAAAUCUAUACUGUAUGUCCACUCUGUGCUGUGCAUUCCAACCUGGAAAGCGUACUAGUUCCAGUUCAAUUACGGGUAUUAUAGAGGCUUAAUAAGCCUCUAGAAACCUUUUAAACCCGGUAAUGAAGGAGUUAAAUAAACCAUUUUGCAAACCAUUUUACACAAUUUUGAUUGCUGAAUACUUCUUUUAAAUAUGCCUACUAAAAUAAAUGUGUGACCUUGUUCUUACUUUUGAGUUUCCUUAAUAUUGCGCCUCAGUUCUUUAUCACCUAUGAACAGUUAAAGAAACUGAAUCUGUAA